GACAAAGAAAAGCCUCUGACUUUGUUGUUGUCCCCCAAACAGACCCAGGUAGGAGGAAAGAAGAACAGUGUAAUCCUCCAGAAGCUGCUGCCUGACACUCCCUACUCUGUCACCGUGGCAGCUAUCUACCCCAGCGGAGAGGCCAAAGACAUCUCAGGCCAAGGAAAGACCAGUAAGUGGCCCUGACAACAGGAACUCUGGAACCACCAGACCUAUAAAAGACCAGAAACCACCUACAACAUUCUCCUAAUAGAUGUAUAAUUUUAGAGUACAACCAAUGAAGCAGAUAACUCUUUUGUACAGUAUUUUGAUUUCAGUUCACUCAAUGUAAAGUAAAAUGUUUAAAACCCCAUAUUAAAGCACUGUAUGGUUUAAUCCAGAGCCUCUUGGUGGAGUGAAGAACCUGCAGGUGACCAACCCCACCAUGACCACCCUGAAUGUAAAAUGGGAGGCGGCCGACGGGAAAGUGAAAGAAUACAAAGUCAUCUAUGUACCUGCUGCUGGUGGAGAUGAGAGCAUGGUAGGACUGGCAGGAAGUCUCUCAGCUUACUGUUGGCUGACUGUGUAAAAAAAUAUUCCAACAAUUCACAUCCCAAAAUUAAAUGAGAAAUAGCGUAUUAAUGUAUUGUUUGAAGUUGUUUGUUUUAUGAAUCACACAAUAUGGCAAACAACUAUCUUCAGUCAAACAGAGUUGUAUAGGCAUGUUGGUAGUAGGCAGACGUUAAUAGUUGUGAUGUGUUUGUGUAAUGUAAAGGAGACUGUAGCUGCCACUGCCACCACCACUGUUCUGAAAGGCCUCCUUCCAGACACCCUCUACACCGUCUCACUGGUGCCUGUCUACGAAGUGAGAGAUGGACAGAAACAGUCUGAAAACGGAAAGACAAGUAAGACUGUCUGACAGCUAAGUCUAAAGAUCUUUAAAGAUCUUCUAAAGAUCACUUAUUAAGUGAUCUUUUCAGGGACUGACUAAUGGCCUUCUUAAAAGACAUUAGUUAAAUCAGUAUAAAGUUUCAGGGACUGACUAAUGGCCUUCUUAAAAGACAUUAGUUAAAUCAGUAUAAAGUUUCAGGGACUGACUAAUGGCCUUCUUAAAAGCUGAUUUAUGGAGUAAUCCAUAAAUCCAUAAAUAACCACCAAUGCAGAGGAUACCUCUCCAUUGUCUGUAUUUAAACUUCAUACAGACUCCUUGCAAUGCUAUGUUCAAUCAGUAUAAAGUUUCAGGGACUGAAUAAUGGCCUUCUUAAAAGACAUUAGUUCCAUCAAUGGAGAGGAUAACUCUUUAUUGCUGGAUUUGAACUUCAUACAAACUCCAUAAGUUAACAUAAGAUAAUAUAGCAAUUUAUUAAGUACUUUGAGAUAGUAAUUUAAUAAGUACUGUCAAUCAGUAUAAAGUUAUAUUAUUAUAUCCCUGGUUGGUGUGUCCAGAGCCUCUUGAUGGAGUGAAGAACCUGCAGGUAACCAACCCCACCAUGGUCACGCUGAAUGUGAAAUGGGAGGCGGCCGAGGGGAAAGUGAAAGAGUACAAAGUCAUCUAUGUGCCUGCUGCCGGUGGAGCUGAGAGCAUGGUAGGACUGGUAACUGACAGUGUAGAAAGUGUGGUUACUUUCAAGGGUAUGAGUACCAUUGUACUCAUAAUCCUUAUACACUCCUGUUUGACGGAAUAUAGUUGCUUGUCAUAUUUUGUGAUUUAUAUAACAUUAGUUAUUGUUAAGUUGGGAGUGGGCAGGUGUUAAUAGUUGUAUUGUGCACGUGUAAUGUAAGGAGACUGUGGCUGGGACCAACACCGUUCUGAAGGGCCUCACACCAGACACCAUCUACACCGUUUCAGUGGUGCCUGUCUACAACGUGGGAGACGGCAAGAAAAUGUCUGAGAACGGAAAGACAAGUAAGACAGGCUGACAUUGGGAUGAGGGACGGAGAAAUUGAUCAUUUCAGAGUAUCAUCAAUAGUGAGGAUAGCUCUUCAUUAGUGGAUUUUAAUUCCAUGCAAUACCAAGUUCAAUCAGUGAAAGUGACAGCCCCAUAUUUAAGCCUUGUUUGGUACAGCUUUAAUAUAGCUGUCAAAAUUCAAUUUUGAAAACAGCUAUAUGCAUUCAUAUUGAAUCAGUUCGACUCAGUAACGGCUUGAGGAUAUUGACGCCAUUUACUUGGAGUGAUGUUGAUGUGUCUUCUUCCUCAGGGCCUCUUGGUGGAGUGAAGAACCUGCAGGUGAUCAACCCCACCAUGACCACCCUGAACGUGCGCUGGGAGCCAGCCGACGGGAAAGUCAAAGAGUACAAAGUCUUCUAUGUACCUGCUGCCGGUGGAGCUGCUGAGGCAAUGGUAGGAUUCUGCUGUAGCUGACAGUGUAGAAAGUGUUGUUUCCACAUUGUGUGCCAUAAAAUUAAUUGUGGGUGUGUUGGGAGUGGACAGAGGUUAAUAGUUUGGUUGUGUUUGUAUAAUCUUUAGGAAACUGUAGCUGCCACUGCCACCAGUACUGUCUUGAGAGGCCUCCUGACAGACACCCUCUACACUGUCUCACUGGUGCCUGUCUUCGCAGAGACAGAGGGCAGGAGGCAGUCUGAGAACGGAAAGACAAGUAAGACUGGCUGACAUCGAAGCAAUCAUUCCAAUACGCACUUCCAUGUUCGCAGUACGCCUCAGAUGCCAGACCAAGCAUAACUUCCAUGAAUUGCAUAAAUUGUCAUUAGUACCCACUGUAUAGUGUGUAUUUGUAUUCACUUUUUGUAUUGUCCUUUUAAGAGAACUAAGUCUGUACGGUAUGGAAGUGUAGAAUGUCAUUGCUGCCACAAAAUAACCAUUUUCUUUCUUUUUUUUGGUAGCAAUAACCUUUUGUAAACUGAGUUUGCAAUGUAAGAUGAUUAUCAAUGAGAUAAGAGAGUUCUACUGGACAUAGAACAGGUUUUCUAUAUUUUGUUGUUUUCCUCACCAGGACCGUUGGGUGGAGUGAAAAACCUGAAGGUGACUGAACCCACCAUGACUUCUCUGAAGGUGGACUGGGACCCAGCGGACGGAGCUGUGCGUCAGUACAAGAUCUUCUUUGCCCCUGUGGCUGGAGGAACACCAGAGGAAAUGGUAGGUCUCUUUCACCUUAUGACCUCAUAAAUAGCCUUAAGCUAAUACACUUCGAUAAAGCAUUUAAUCUGUAAUCAGUCAUCUAAUUAAAAUCACUUUCCACCUGCUUGUAAACAGGAGCAAGUACCUGGAAGCACCACCACAAUCGUUCUGAGGAACCUCAAGCCUGACACACCUUACACAAUAUCAGUGCUACCUAUCUACCCCGUCAGAGAGGGGAAACGGCAGGCUGAGAAUGGAAAGACACGUAAGUAGCAAUGUCAAAUGAAGUGGUACUAUGCAAUCUCGAAAAGUGAUUUCAAAUCAAAUCAAAUCAAAUGUUAUUUGCCACAUGCGCCGAACACAACAGGUGUAGACAUUACAGUGAAAUGCUUACUUACAAUCCCUUAACCAACAAUGCAAAGUAAAACAAAUAAAAAAAGUGUUAAGCAAAAAAAAUAAAAGCAAAUAACUAAAGAGCAAAAGUAAAAUAAAAUAACAGUAGAGAGGCUAUAUACAGGGGGGUACCGGUGCAGAGUCAAUGUGGGGGGGCACCGGCUAGUCGAGGUAAUUGAGGUAAUAUGUACAUGUGGGUAGAGUUAAAGUGACUAUGCAUAAAUAAUAAACAGAGUAGUAGCAGAGUAAAAAGGGGGACGGGGUGGGGGUGGGGGGGCAGUGCAAAUUGUCCGGGUAGCCAUGAUUAGCUGUUCAGGAGUCUUAUGGCUUGGGGGUAGAAGCUGUUGAGAAGCCUUUUGGAACUAGACUUGGCACUCCGGUACCGCUUGCCGUGCGGUAGCAGAGAGAACAGUCUAUGACUAGGGUGGCUUGACAAUUUUGAGGGCCUUCCUCUGACACCGCCUGGUAUAGAGGUCCUGGAUGGCAGGAAGCUUGGCCCCAGUGAUGUACUGGGCCGUACGCACUACCCUCUGUAGUGCCUUGCGGUCGGAGGCCGAGCAGUUGCCAUACCAGGCGGUGAUGCAACCAGUCAGGAUGCUCUCGAUGGUGCAGCUGUAUAACUUUUAGAGGAGCUGAGGACCCAUGCCAAAUCUUUUCAGUCUCCUGAGGGGGAAUAGGCUUUGUCGUUCCCUCUUCACGACUGUCUUGGUGUGCUUGGACCAUGAUAGUUUGUUGGUGAUGUGGACACCAAGGAACUUGAAGCUCUUAACCUGUUCCACUACAGCCCCAUCGAUGAGAAUGGGGGCGUGCUCAGUCCUCUUUUUUUUUCUGCAGUCCACAAUCAUCUCCUUUGUUUUGAUCACGUUGAGGUAGAGGUUGUUAUCCUGGCACCACACGGCCAGGUCUCUGACCUCCUCCCUAUAGGCUGUUUCGUCGUUGUCAGUGAUCAGGCCUACCACUGUUGUGUCGUCUGCAAACUUAAUGAUGGUGUUGGAGUCGUGCCUGGCCAUGCAGUCAUGGGUGAACAGGGAGUACAGGAGGGGACUGAGCACGCACCCCUGAGGGGCCCCCGUGUUGAGGAUCAGCGUGGCAGAUGUGUUGUUACCUACCCUUACCACCUGGGGGCGGCCCGUCAGGAUGUCCAGGAUCCAGUUGCAGGGGGAGGUGUUUAGUCCCAGGAUCCUUAGCUUAGUGAUGAGCUUUGAGGGCACUAUGGUGUUGAACGCUGAGCUGUAGUCAAUGAAUAGCAUUCUCACAUAGGUGUUCCUCUUGUCCAGGUGGAAAGGGCAGUGUGGAGUGCAAUAGAGAUUGCAUCAUCUGUGGAUUUAUUUUUAUUUUUAUUUAACCUUUAUUUAACCAGGUAAACCAGUUGAGAACAAGUUCUCAUUUACAACUGUGACCUGGCCAAGAUAAAGCAAAGCAGUGCGAUAAAAACAACAACACAGAGUUACAUAUGGGGUAAAACAAAACAAAGUCAAAAAUACAACAGAAAUACAUAUAAUAUACAGUGUGCAAAUUUAGCAAGUUAUGGAGGUAAGGCAAUAAAAUAGGCUAUAGUGCAAAAUAGUUACAAUUUAGUAUUAACACUGGAAUGAUGUGCAAGAGAUGAUGUGCAAAUAGAGAUACUGGGGUACAAAUGAGCAAAAUAAAUAACAAUGUAGGGAUGAGGUAGUUGGGCGGGCUAAUUUCAGAUGGGCUGUGUACAGGUGCAGUGAUCGGUAAGGUGCUCUGACAACUGAUGCUUAAAGUUAGUGAGGGAGAUAAGUGUCUCCAGCUUCAGAGAUUUUUGCAAUUUGUUCCAGUCAUUGGCAGCAGAGAACUGGAAGGAAUUGCGGCCAAAGGAGGUGUUGGCUUUGGGGAUGACCAGUGAGAUAUACCCGCUGGAGCGCAGACUACGGGUGGGUGUUGCUAUGGUGACCAAUGAGCUAAGAUAAGGCAGGGGAUUUGCCUAGCAGUGAUUUAUAGAUGGCCUGGAGCCAGUGGGUUUGGCGACGAAUAUGUAGUGAGGACCAGCCAACAAGAGCGUACAGGUCACAGUGGUGGGUAUUAUAUGGGGCUUUGGAGACAAAACGGAUGGCACUGUGAUAGACAACAUCCAAUUUGCUGAGUAGAGUGUUGGAGGCUAUUUUGUAAAUGACAUCGCCGAAGUCAAGGAUCGGUAGGAUAGUCAGUUUUACGAGGGCAUGUUUGGCAGCAUGAGUGAAGGAGGCUUUGUUGCGAAAUAGGAAACCGAUUCUAGAUUUAACUUUGGAUUGGAGAUUCUUAAUGUGAGUCUGGAAGGAGAGUUUACAGUCUAACCAGACACCUAGAUAUUUGUAGUUGUCCACAUACUCUAGGUCAGACCCGUCUAGAGUAGUGAUUCUAGUCGGGAGGGCGGGUGCAAGCAGCGUUCGGUUGAAGAGCAUGCAUUUAGUUUUACUAGUGUUUAAGAGCAGUUGGAGGCUACUGAAGGAGUGUUGUAUGGAAUUGAAGCUCGUUUGGAGGUUUGUUAACACAGUGUCCAAUGAAGGGCCAGAUGUAUACAAAAUGGUGUCGUCUGCGUAGAGGUGGAUCUGAGAGUCACCAGCAGCAAGAGCGACGUCAUUGAUAUACACAGAGAAAAGAGUUGGCCCAAGAAUUGAACCCUGUGGCACCCCCAUAGAGACUGCCAUAGGUCCAGACAACAGGCCCUCCGAUUUGACACAUUGAACUCUAUCUGAGAAGUAGUUGGUGAACCAGGCGAGGCAGUCAUUUGAGAAACCAAGGCUAUUUAGUCUGCCAAUAAGAAUGCGGUGGUUGACAGAGUCGAAAGCCUUGGCCAGGUCAAUGAAAACGGCUGCACAGUACUGUCUAUUAUCGAUCGCGGUUAUAAUAUCGUUUAGGACCUUGAGCGUGGCUGAAGUGCACCCAUGACCAGCUCGGAAACCGGAUUGCAUAGCGGAGAAGGUACGGUGGGAUUCGAAAUGGUCGGUGAUCUGUUUGUUGACUAGGCUUUCAAAAACUUUUGAAAGGCAGGGCAGGAUGGAUAUGGGUCUGUAACAGUUUGGAUCUAGAGUGUCACCCCCUUUGAAGAGGGGGAUGACCGCGGCAGCUUUCCAAUCUCUGGGGAUCUCAGACGUUACGAAAGAGAGGUUGAACAGGCUAGUAAUAGGGGUUGCGACAAUUUCGGCGGCUAGUUUUAGAAAGAAAGGGUCCAGAUUGUCUAGCCCAGAUGAUUUGUAGGGGUCCAGAUUUUGCAGCUCUUUUAGAACAUCAGCUGUCUGGAUUUGUGUGAAGGAGAAGCGGGGGGGGGGGCAUGGGCAAGUUGCAACGGAGGGUGCAGAGCUGGUGGCCGGGGUAGUGGUAGCCAGGUGGAAAGCAUGGCCAGCCGUAGCAAAAUGCUUGUUGAAAUUCUCGAUUAUUGUAGAUUUAUCGGUGGUGAUAGUGUUUCCUAGCCUCAGUGCAGUGGGCAGCUGGGAGGAAGUGCUCUUAUUUUCCAUGGACUUUACAGUGUCCCAAAACUUUUUGGAGUUAGUGCUACAGGAUGCAAAUUUCUGUUUGAAAAAGAUAGCCUUUGCUUUCCUAACUGCUUGUGUAUAUUGGUUCCUAACUUCCCUGAAAAGUUGCAUAUCGCGGGGGCUAUUUGAUGCUAAUGCAGUACACCACAGGAUGUUUUUGUGCUGGUCAAGGGCAGUCAAGUCUGAGGAGAACCAGGGGCUAUAUCUGUUCUUAGUUCUGUAUUUUUUGAAUGGGGCAUGUCUAUUUAAGAUUGAGAGGAAAUUAUUUUUAAAGGACAACCAGGCAUCCUCUACUGACGGAAUGAGAUCUAUAUCCAUCCAGGAUACCUGGGCCAGGUCAAUUAGGAAGGCCUGCUCGCUGAAGUGUUUUUGGGAGCGUUUGACAGUGAUGAGGGGUGGUCGUUUGACCGCUGACCCGUUACGGACGCAGGCAAUAAGGCAGUGAUCGCUGAGAUCCUGGUUGAAGACAGCGGAGGUGUAUUUAGAGGGUAAGUUAGUCAGGAUGAUAUCUAUGAGGGUACCCAUGUUUACGGAUUUAGGGUUGUACCUGGUAGGUUCGUUGAUAAUUUGUGUGAGAUUGAGGGCAUCUAGUUUAGAUUGUAGGAUGGCCGGGGUGUUAAGCAUAUCCCAAUUUAGGUCACCAAGCAGUACGAACUCUGAGGAUAGAUGGGGGGCAAUCAAUUCACAUAUGGUGUCCAGGGCACAGCUGGGGGCUGAGUGGGGUCUGUAGCAAGCGGCAACAGUGAGAGAUUUAUUUCUGGAAAGGUGGAUUUUUAGAAGUAGAAGCUCAAACUGUUUGGGCACAGACCUGGAUAGUAUGAUGGAGCUCUGCAGGCUAUCUCUACAGUAGAUUGCAACUCCACCCCCUUUGGCAGUUCUAUCUAGACGGAAAAUGUUAUAGUUGGGGAUGGAAAUUUCAGAAUUUUUGGUGGCCUUCCUAAGCCAGGAUUCAGACACUGCUAGAACAUCAGGGUUGGCGGAGUGUGCUAACGCAGUGAAUAACUCAAACUUAGGAAGGAGGCUUCUGAUAUUUAUGUGCAGAAAACCAAGACUUUUACGGUUACAGAAGUCAACAAAUGAUAGCUCCUGGGGAGUAGGAGUGAUACUGGGGGCUGCAGGGCCUGGGUUAGCCUCUACAUCACCAGAGGAACAGAGGAGGACUAGAAUAAGGAUAUGACUAAAGGCUUUAAGAACUGGUCUUCUAGUGCGUUGGGUACAUAGAAUAAAGGGGUCAGUUCUCCGGGCGUUGUAGAAAAGAUUCAGGGCAUUAUGUACAGAAAAGGAUAUGGAAGGAUAUGAGUACAGUUCAGGUAACCCUAAGCGUUGGGUAACAAUGAAAGAGAUAGCAUCAUUGGAGGCAUCGAUUGAGCUGGUCUCGGCGUGUAUGGGGGGAGGAACAAAGGAACUAUAUGAGGCAGUUUGAGAGGGACUAGGGGUUCUACAUUGAAAUUGUAUAAUGAGAACUAACCCAAACAGCAAUAGGCAAGGCAUAAUUGACAUGGGAGAGAGGCAUAAAGCAGUCACAUGUGUUAUUAGAGAGAGCUAAGACACAACUGGAAAUAGCGAUAACGUUUGGGCUAAGACUAAACAGAAUAAACAGGACAGGGUACCGUGUAAAGGAACAGUCCAGCAGGCAUCAGCUGUGAGUCCGAGAGCAGUUCAAAUUGGUGCUUCAGCACAGCUAGCAGGGAGCACAGUUGUAGUUUGCGUGUGCUAGCGGGCCGGGGCUGGCAGAUGGAUCUUCGUGGUCGUCGCAACGGGAAGCCUGUUGAAACCACAUCAGACUAUUUCGUCGGCAAACCAGUCGUGUUGGAUCGGCGGGGCUCAGUGUCAACACUAGGAGGUCCCGUCCGGUUGACAGAGAGGUAGAUAGCCGGGAGAUGGGCCUGAGGCUAGCUCAAGGCUAACUGGUGCUUGCUAUAGGGCAAUGGUAAUGGUAAUCAGCCAACAACAGGUUGCAGCUAGCUAGCUGGUUGUGAUGAUCCGGCGCUAGGGUCCAGUGAUUGCGGCAGAAAGUCCAAUAAGCUCUGGGUCGAUAGCACGCUGGGUCGAUAGCACGCUGUGCAGACUGGCCGACGAAUUGUCCAGGCUAGAGCUAGAGCUGGCUGGUGGAUAGUGUAGGCCACGGACAAUGGUGAAGACGCUAACGGUGACUAAUAACAGGUAGCCACUAUUUUCAGCUUACGGUUCUUGAUGAAAGUUAUAAAGAAAUAAUAGAAUCCUUUCCACGUUGGGUGAGGCGGGUUGCAGGAAAGUAUAUUUAGUUAAAGAAUGAAAGUAAAAAAUUGAGAAAUAUAGACAAAAAAACAAGAAACGGGAUAUUUACACAGGACGAAAAAUUAAAGCGACCGCACUGCUACGCCAUCUUGGUGUUAAAUUUUGUAUCUGUUUGUAUCUGUUGGGGCGGUAUGCAAAUUGGAGUGGGUCUAGGGUUUCCUGGGAUUCUGGGAUAAUGGUGUUGAUGUGAGCCAUGACCAGCCUUUCAAAGCACUUCAUGGCUACAGACGUGAGUGCUACGGGUCGGUAGUCAUUUAGGCAGGUUAUCUUAGUGUCCUUGGGCACAGGGACUAUGGUGGUCUGCUUGAAACAUGUUGGUAUUACAGACUCAGUCAGGGACAUGUUGAAAAUGUCAGUGAAGACACUUGCCAGUUGGUCAGCACAUGCUCGGAGUACACGUCCUGGUAAUCCGUCUGGCCCUGCGGCCUUGUGAAUGUUGACCUGCUUAAAAGUCUUACUCACAUCGGCUACAGAGAGCAUGAUCACAUAGUCAUCCGGAACAGCUGGUGCUCUCAUGCAUGCUUCAGUGUUGCUUGCCUCGAAGCGAGCAUAGAAGUGAUUUAGCUCGUCUGGUAGGCUUGUGUCACUGGGCAGCUCGCGGCUGUGCUUCCCUUUGUAGUUUGUAAUAGUUUUCAAGCCCUGCCACAUCCGACGAGCGUCAGAGUCUUUGUAGUACGAUUCAGUCUUAGUCCUGUAUUGACUCUUUGCCUGUUUGAUGGUUCGUCGGAGGGCAAAGCAAGAUUUAUUGUAAGCGUCCGGGUUAGAGUCCCGCUCCUUGAAAGCUGCAGCUCUAGCCUUUAGCUCAGUGCGGAUGUUGCCUGUAAUCCAUGGCUUCUGGUUGGGGUAUGCACGUACGGUCACUGUGGGGACGACGUCAUCGAUGCACUUAUUGAUGAAGCCAGUGACUGAUGUGGCGUACUCCUCAAUGCUAUCUGAAGGAUCCCGGAACAUAUUCCAGUCUGUGCUAGCAAAACAGUCCUGUAGCUUAGCAUCUGCGUCAUCUGACCACUUUUUUAUUAACCAAGUCACUGGUGCUUCCUGCUUUAGUUUUUGCUUAUAAGCAGGAAUCAGGAGGAUAGAGUUAUGGUCAGAUUUGCCAAAUGGAGGGCGAGGGAGAGCUUUGUAUGCGUCUCUGUGUGUGGAGUAAAGGUGGUCUAGAGUUUUUCUUCCUCUGGUUGCACAUUUAACAUGCUGGUAGAAAUUAGGUAGAAUGGAUUUAAGUUUCCUUGCAUUAAAGUCCCCGGCCACUAGGAGCGCUGCCUCUGGAUGAGCGUUUUCCUGUUUAGUUAUGGCCUUAUACAACUCAUUGAGUGCAGUCUUAGUGCCAGCAUUGGUUUGUGGUGGUAUAUAGACAGCUACGAAAAAUAUAGUUGAAAACUCUCUUGGUAAAUAGUGUGGUCUACAGCUUAUCAUGAGAUACUCUACCUCAGGCGAGCAAAACCUUGGGAACAUUGGAAAUAUAAACAGAGAAACAUAAAAUAAUGGUUUACUUGAUUUCCCCCAAUAAUCACAUAAUCAUAAUACCAUACUUAAAGUCAUGUUAUUUUUUUCCCCAGUGCCUUUGGGUGGAGUGACCAAUCUGCAGGUCACCAACCCUACCCACACCACCCUCACCGCCAGCUGGGACGCGGCCGACGGCAACGUGCAGGGCUACAAAGUAAUCUACACUCCCGUCGCAGGAGGCCUUGAGAUCAUUGUGAGUAUUCUACUGUACUGUUAACCACACUGCCUCUCCAUUGGCCUAUUACUCAACACUGACACGUGAUGUGACAUUUGUGCCAGCCUAACACAAUGGCUUCCAAUCCUGUGGGAAGAAAGAAUUGUGUUUCAUUCCAUGCCGUACUUUGUGGAGUGGGGAUUUCGUCAGCCCGACUUGAGAAGUUAGCGUUGAGGAGUGAACGUUAAGGACUUAGCGUUAGCGGUUAGCCUGCUGUGGUAAGCAUGAUGAGAGGCAGCAGCAAAGUGUCAUGCCGCCGUGCUGUUGUAGCCUAGCGGUGAUGGAGUUCAGGCUGGGUGGGCGCUAACAGACUGUGAAAUAGCUCUGUGAUCACAACUAUAAUGCAAUUGACUUUUUGGUUUCGCCCACUUAUGUGGAACAAGAAAGUAUUGUUUGGUUAAUCUGUUUAGAAUUGGCCUGUUCCGUGUGGUGCAUGCCAUAGCUUUCACUCUCAAUCAAACCUCCCAUCAAAAUAAACUCCACAUAAGGGUGAGAUAAAUUGGAGCAGUAGAAGUGUAGUUCAUGUAGUAUUACAGACCACAGAACAACUGUGGUACAUGAGCCUUAUCUUGUGGAUCUGGUGUAUGAGAUACCAUCUGCAUCCAAAAUGGCAACCUAUUCCUUAUAUAAUGCACUACUUUUAACCAGCUCAGGUCCAAAGUAGUGCUCUAUGUGAGGAAUAGGGUGUCCUUUGGGAUGCAGCCAUAGUGUUCCAGUAUGUCUGUUGGAGCUGCUGUUGGUGUGACACCAUCUAUCUCUACUUUGUAGGAGCAAGUCUCAGAGAGCACAACCACCACAGUUCUGAAGAGCCUCUCACCUAACACACAAUACACAGUCACUGUGCUGCCAGUGUACCCCGAGGGAGAUGGUCAGACCCAGGCCAAGGAUGGAACAACAAGUGAGUAACGACGACUUAUACCACAGCAUUGUUGAAUACAAUAGCUUUCUGUAACUUUGUAGCUAGUACGGCCUGCAUAUGUAGCAAGAACGGCCUGCAUAUUGCAUCAUGAUUGCAAUGUGUCCAGAUAUCUUUUCCAACUGUCCCGAUAUCUUUUCCAACUGUCCCGAUAUAUUUUCCAACUGUCCCAUUAUCUGGUUUUAAUGUCCAUUCUAGAAUGCCCUUCCAGCCAAUCAGAAGGGCAUUCCAGAAUGGAAGGACAUUCUAGAAUGGACAUUAAAACCAGAUAACGGGACAGUUGGAAAAGAUAUCGGGACACCUUGCAAUCAUGAUGCAAUAUGCACCUACAUAUGCAGACCGUACUUGCUACAAAGUUACAGAAAGCUAAACCAACAACCACACAAACUGAAAUUGGAUACAUUGUAAACGCAGGUCCAACGAGGAAAAAAACUUAGCUAGCACAGAUUUGUUUAUGCAGAGACAUAUUUUCUUGGAGCAUCUGAUGACCUAACGUAGUGAGUGAUGAACAUUAAUUUCUCUUGUCCCCUCCGCCGCUAUGCUGCAAAUCCUCCCACAUGUUCUAGUUUGACCAGCUGUUUUUAGCAACUGAUAUUUUUUUAUUCAGUUGACACAUUCGCAGGUUUGCUAGCGACAAACUAUUUAGCUAGCUUCUAACCUAGUGUUUGAUAUGCAAUGCGAUCUCCUUAAUUAACAGUCAGUGUCGACGAGUGACCUGACGAGAAGGCAAACUUGCAAGGGGUUCCGAUAUCUUUUCCAACUGUCCCGAUAUCUUUUCCAACUGUCCCGUUAUCUGGUUUUAUAUAAACAGGUGGGUCUAAUCCUGGAUGGUUAAAACUGCGUUCCUGCUGGUGUCUAUUCAACAAGUUACCACAGGCUAAGGCUAUGAUGUUAAAAUGCCUAUUUACUCUGUUCCAUCUCACUGCACAAUCCACUGUCUCAUCAUCCCAGCCAGGCAAUUUAUAAACUUGAUCUCCACAUUAUGUCCCAGUUAUUUUAGACUAGCAUUUGGUUUUCAACAGCAGAGAUUUGUAUUAACCUUGCUGCCUGUCCCUCCAAUAUUUGCAACAUUGUUUCAAUAUUGAAAUUCGAUCUCCAGCUGUCCAAUAGUAAUGAAUGUGUCGGGAGUCGGGACGAGACAGACAGCCUGGCCGCUUUUCUCAGCCAGUUGAAUCAGCAUAAUUUGUAUGGAUAUAUUGUAUACAAAGAAAUGCCAAUAGAAAACACGAAAUGCAGCUAAUUUGCUGUAAUUGUGUUAGCUGUGUAGUUUGCUAGCUCCUCUGAACAGUGUCCUGGCGAGAGAGCUAAUUUUCUAUGCCAGGAGAAAUUGCUCCUCAUUAGCUCAUUGUUAUGGAUAUAUCCCAAAUAAAUUCACUAGAAAAGCGCUUAAACAAACGCAAAUGCAGCUACUUUGCCGUUAUUCUGGCUGCACUCUUUGACGUGAUUGUGUUAGCUGAAGUUGGCUAGCUAGCAAGCAAGGGAUAAGAACGUUGCCAGCCAUCAAUGGAACAUUUAGAACAAACAAUUGUCACAUCCAUAGAUUUAGAAGAAAAAGACUCAAUGACUGGGUCGCGUCUCUGGCAAGCGAACCGAUAGAAUGAACGACCAGCCGGCUUGGGUAGCAACCCUACAUUUGUGUCGGGACUAUAUCUUGUGGAAGGAUGAAAUAGUAUGAAUAAAUUCAUCAAAAUAUUUGAAUAUGUUGGUAACCCAUUGUAUAAAAAAGAUAAUGCCCUCGAAGCCAGUGUUUGGAGGAUAUAUUGGCACGGUUCAACACCUGUGCCAAUAUAUCCUCCAAACACCGGCUUCUCAGGCAGUAUCACUUAAUUAUUGCACAUGGUGCUGUCAUUGACCAGUGAUUAUCACUGGCAAAUUGUAUAGUGUAAGAGAUUAAUAUAUUAGCUCAUCUGCAGACAUACAAUCUAUAUAAUGGUUUUCAAAUCAACGUGAUGGCUAAGCUACUCUGUUUCCUCUUGGUGCUCAGAGCCCCUGGGCUUCGUGAAGAACCUGCAGGUCAUUGAACCCACCACCAGCACCCUGAACGUGCGCUGGGACGCAGCUGAGGGGAAUGUGCGCGAGUACAUCGUUGUCUACAUCCCAACUGCAGGCGGGGAGCAGGACGUGGUACGUCCCGGUAGUCUCACCAACACAACACCCCUCCUAAUUCUCUGAGAAUGGUCUAUUCCAAUGGAGGCUGGUGGAGGGUGAAAUUCAUUACAAUGAGGCCCUCAUUUGACACAAGCCUCGACUGUUGUAUUCCCCUAAAGCUAGUCAACAUUGCUUUCUGAUUCUGACCGAUAUUCUUUCUUCUUCUUUCUUGAACAGGACCAGGUGUCUGGAACAACGACCACCACUGUUCUGAAGGAACUGAAUCCAGAUACGGAAUACACUGUGACAGUGGUGCCUGUCUACCAUGAGAUGGAGGGUCUCUCUAGGUCUCAGAAUGGAAAGACAAGUGAGUUGAAAUGACAGGGUGAAAUUAAAUGAGUUGAAAUGACAGGGUGAAAUUAAAUGAGUUGAAAUGACAGGGUGAAAUUAAAUGAGUUGAAAUGACAGGGUGAAAUUAAAUGAUAAGGGUGGCAGGUAGCCUAGCGGUUAGAGCGUUUGGCUAGUAACCAAAAAGUUGCUUGUUUGAAUACCUGAGCCGACAAGGUGAAAAAUCUGUCAAUGUGCCCUUGAGCAAGGCACUUAACCCUAAUUUACGCCUGGGGCGCCUUACUACUAUGGCUGACCCUGUAAAACAACACAUUUUACUGCACCUAUCCAGUGUAUGUGACAAUAAAAACAUAUAUUUUUUAUUCUUAAAAACAAAAUGUGUCUGCUACUUGUUCAAACAGCUCGUACAGUAAGUGUGAUGCUAUAACAUUGUCUCCUCUGCCUCAGACCCUUUGGGGGGAGUGAAGAACUUGAAGGUCAUCGACCCCACCAUCAACAGUCUGUCUGUUCGCUGGGACCCGGCUGUCGGUAACGUGCGCAACUACAAGGUCUUCUAUGUGGCCCAGCCAGAUGGGAAGGAGCAAAUGGUACGUCUCCUAUUAAUCUCUCCAUUCCUUUUACUGUCAACCCAGUCAUGUUUACACUAUAAUCAGGUUGUGUAAUUGUCAUACAGUGCUAACAUUGAUCUUCACUUUGCCCUGAACAGGAGCAAGUCUCAGGGGGCACCACCAACCUUAUCCUGCGUAACCUGGAGUCUGAUACCCAAUACAAUGUGUCUGUUGUCCCAGUCUACCCAGACGUGGAGGGCAUACUGCAGUCUGAGAUGGGAAAGACAAGUGAGUGAAGCAUUUCAAUACUUACUUUAGUUCAUGAAACCCAUGCUAUGGAAGCAUAUAGCUGUCAAAAUGUUUCAUUUUGAAAUGACAGCUUUUUGACAGCUACAAGCUUCCAUAUCCCAUAUUACAGCUGUAUGCUUCCAUAUCAGACUAAAUGUUACUCAGUAACGGCUUAAGGACAUUAGUGUUGACAUUUACUUGGAGUGAUGUUGAUGUGUGUCUUCUUCUUCCUCAGAGCCUCUGGGUGGAGUGAAGAACCUGCAGGUGACUGACCCGACAACCAACUCCCUGAGGGUACGCUGGGAGCCAGCUGAGGGGGAUGUGCGCCAGUACACUGUCAUCUACGCCCCGCUAGCAGGAGGACCUGAACUCAAGGUACAAAAACAACACUUUCUCUCAUACGGUAUAGAAGCGAUAUUUGAAGACUCACUAAACUGAUCACUUUGAGCACUAUAAACAUGUAGGUUGAAUACUUGAAUAAGCUACCUCUUUAUCUUUAGUAGGGUGGUUUUACUUAACAUUUUUGCUAAUCUGAUAACUAUUUUUCACAGACUACGGUUUCUGGGAUGUCAACCAACACCGUUCUGCGGAAUCUUGUGCCAGACACAUUGUACAAGGUGACAUUGGUGCCUAUGUACGGCGAUAUUGAAGGGAAGAGAAAUUCUGAAAAUGGAAAGACAAGUAAGUCAUGACUGAACAAAAUAGAAAAUACAGGGACAAUGAGUACAGUGAAGAAAGAAAAAAGUGUUACAAAAUGGAAUAAGUGAUUUGAUGCUAAACUUUUUGUUUUGUGUCUUGUCAGAGGCGUUGGGCGGGGUGAAGAACAUGCAGGUCACCGACCCCUCUACUAGCUCCCUCAAGGUGCGCUGGGAGCCAGCGGAGGGCAACGUGCGCCAGUACCGCCUCUUCUACGUCCCUGCCUCUGGCGGAGCCGAGGACAUGGUAAGACCACCAACUAUCCAUGCCUUAACUUCUGAUGCUGCACAGGGAAUCUCUUGACCAAUCAGAUUUGAGUCGACUACGGCAUCCAUAUUAGGAAUUUAUAUACCUGUAGCUGGCUUCCAGGUUAAGGGAUGUCUCUGAGGACGCAUGACUCGACCUUCGCCUUUCCUGAGCCCAUUGGGGAUUUGCAGCGAUGAGACAAGAUCAUAAUCAUGAAAUUGGGGAGAAAAAGUACAAAAAUUAUAAAUACUUUUUUAAAAAUAAAAAUGAAUUUAUAUACCUAAAAUCUGACGACUUCCUAAUAUGGAUGCCAUAGGAUUCAUCCAAUCUAUGGUAUAAACACUGAUGCAACUCAAAAACACCUCUCUGUGAACAGGAGCAAGUGUCUGGUGGCACCACCAAUACCAUCCUGAGGAACCUUCUCUCAGACACGCCGUACACCGUCACCGUGGUCCCCGUCUACCCCGAGGGAGAGGGCCUGCGCCAGUCAGAGACUGGAAAGACACGUAAGUUAUCAACAAACGAAAUUCCAAUCAUCCAUUUUGUUUUCAUCGGGAUAAAGACGUGCUCUUUUCAGUUGGUUUGAUUCAGUGGCAUCUCAAAUUUGGAGCCUGUUCGGUUUUUCCAAAGUUUGAACUCAGAUAUCAAGAUACCGGUAGAUAGGUCUCAGGAUAAUACAUACCCUCAUAGGGAAACAUUGUUAUUAAGGGCUGUAAGAAAGAGGCACAGGUCCUAAUCCAGGCUCCCGCUUGGAUUACUGCAACUCGCUGUUGGCUGGGCUCCCUGCCUGUGCCAUUAAACCCCUACAACUUAUCCAGAACGCUGCAGCCCGUCUGGUGUUCAACCUUCCCAAGUUCUCUCAUGUCACCCCGCUCCUCCGCACACUCCACUGCCUUCCAGUUGAGGCUCGCAUCUACUACAAGACCAUGGUGCUUGCCUACGGAGCUGUGAGGGGAACGGCACCUCCUUACCUUCAGGCUCUGAUCAGACCCUACACCCAAACGAGGGCACUACGUUCAUCCACCUUUGGCCUGAUAGCUCCCCUACCUCUACGGAAGCACAGUUCCCGCUCAGCCCAGUCAAAGCUAUUCACUGCACUGGCACCCCAAUGGUGGAACAAGCUCCCCCACGACGCCAGGACAGCGGAGUCACUGACCACCUUCCGGAGACACUUGAAAUCCUACCUCUUUAAGGAAUACCUGGAAAAGUAUAAAGUAAUUCCCCCACCCCCCAUAAAAAAAAAAAUAUAUAUAUAUAUAUAUAUAUAUAUAAAAAAAAAAAAAAAGGUGGUUGUCCCACUGGCUAUCAUAAGUUGAAUGCACCAAUUUGUAAGUCGCUCUGGAUAAGAGCGUCUGCUAAAUGAUGUAAAUGUAAAUGUAAGGUCAACGUUUAACAAAACUGAGUGCAAAUCGAACAUUCUGCAUUCAAAUCUCUGAACCAGAUAGCAUUUGCACAACCCCCUUCCCCCAUAACUUUUAGAUGGAACAAAGGGGUAGUUUAUCUCACCAUAAUAAUAAAAAUAAUAAUAAUAAUAAUAAUUGCUGGUUGGGUUGCCCUGCCUCUGUCUGUGUUUUUAUACCCUGCUGUGUGCAUCGAUUUUGUUUCUGCUCAAAUGGUUUGCCAUGUGCAGUCAGCAGAAAUCCAUCCCAGAGAAGUGAAUUGGAAAGCUGUGAUUCUAGUGGAGCAUAUCAGUAUUACAGAGCAUAUGGUGCAUAAUGAUUCCACAGGGGGUUCCAGAGACUCCAUUGAUUGUGCAAAGCUAAUACGAAAACGUCCAAUGGGAGUCAAGCAUUCUUUUUAUACUCGCUAAGUCCUUGUCAGUUUCAGAGACACAGAUUUAAAAUCAAAUCAAAUUUUAUUUGCCACAUGCGCCGAAUACAACAGGUGUAGACAUUACCGUGAAAUGCUUUCUUACAGCCCUUAACCAACAAUGAAAAUGACAACAAAAAUAAAACAACAACAACAAAAAAGUGUUGAGAAAUAAAGUAGGGAGGCUAUAUACAGGGGGGUACCUGUGCAGAGUCAAUGUGCGGUGGCACCGGCUAGUUGAGGUAAUAUGUACAUGUGGGUAGAGUUAAAGUGACUAUGCAUAAAUAAAAACAGAGUAGCAGCAGCGUAAAAAGAUGGGGUGGAGGUGCAAAUAGUCCGGGUAGCCAUGAUUAGCUGUUCAGGAGUCUUAUGGCUUGGGGGUAGAAGCUGUUGAGAAGCCUUUUGGACCUAGACUUGGCGCUCUGGUACCGCUUGUGAGAUGUGUUGUUACCUACCCUUACCACCUGGGGGUGGCCCGUCAGGAAGUCCAGGAUCCAGUUGCAGAGGGAGGUGUUUAGUCCCAGGAUUCUUAGCUUAGUGAUGAGCUUUGAGGGCACUAUGGUGUUGAACGCUGAGCUGUAGUCAAUGAAUAGCAUUCUCACGUAGGUGUUCCUCUUGUCCAGGUGGGAAAGGGCAGUGUGGAGUGCAAUAGAGAUUGCAUCAUCUGUGGAUCUGUUGGGGCAGUAUGCAAAUUGGAGUGGGUCUAGGGUUUCUGGGAUAAUGGUGUUGAUGUGAGCCAUGACCAGCCUUUCAAAGCACUUCAUGGCUACAGACGUCAGUGCUACUGGUCGGUAGUCAUUUAGGCAGGUUAUCUUAGUGUCCUUGGGCACGGGGACUAUGGUGGUCUGCAUGAAACAUGUUGUUAUUACAGACUCAGUCAGGGACAUGUUGAAAAUGUCAGUGAAGACACUUGCUAGUUGGUCUGCACAUGCUUGGAGUACACGUCCUGGUAAUCCGUCUGGCCCUGCGGCCUUGUGAAUGUUGACCUGCUUAAAAGUCUUACUCACAUCGGCUACGGAGAGCGUGAUCACAUAGUCAUCCGGAACAGCUGGUGCUCUCAUGCAUGCUUCAGUGUUGCUUGCCUCGAAGUGAGCAUAGAAGUGGUUUAGCUCGUCUGGUAGGCUUGUGUCACUGGGCAGCUCGCGGCUGUGCUUCCCUUUGUAGUUUGUAAUAGUUUUCAAACCCUGCCACAUCUGACGAGCGUCAGAACCGGUGUAGUACGAUUAAAUCUUAGUCCUGUAUUGACUCUUUGCCUGGUUGAUGGUUUGUCGGAGGGCAUAGCAGGAUUUCUUAGAAGCAUCCGGGUUAGAGUCCCGCUCCUUGAAAGCGGCAGCUCUACCCUUUAGCUCAGUGCGGAUGUUGCCUGUAAUCCAUGGCAUCUGGUUGGGGUAUGUACGUACGGUCACUGUGGGGACGACGUCAUCGAUGCACUUAUUGGUGAAGCCAGUGACUGAUGUGGUGUACUCCUCAAUGCUAUCUGAAGAAUCCCGGAACAUGUUCCAGUCUGUGGUAGCAAAACAGUCCUGUAGCUUAGCAUCUAUGUCAUCUGACCACUUUUUUAUUAACCGAGUCACUGGUGCUUCCUGUUUUAUUUUUUGCUUAUAAGCAGGAAUAAGGAGGAUAGAGUUAUGGUCAGAUUUGCCAAAUGGAGGGCGAGGGAGAGCUUUGUAUGCGUCUCUGUGUGUGGAGUAAAGGUGGUCUAGAGUUGUUUUUCCUCUGGUUGCACAUUUAACAUGCUGGUAGAAAUGAGGUACAGUGGGGAAAAAAAGUAUUUAGUCAGCCACCAAUUGUGCAAGUUCUCCCACUUAAAAAUAUGAGAGAGGCCUGUAAUUUUCAUCAUACGUACACGUCAACUAUGACAGACAAAAUGAGAAAAGAAAUUCUGGAAAAUCACAUUGUAGAAUUUUUAUGAAUUUAUUUGCAAAUUAUGGUGGAAAAUAAGUAUUUGGUCAAUAACAAAAGUUUCGCAAUAUUUGUUAUAUACCCUUUGUUGGCAAUGACACAGGUCAAAUGUUUUCUGUAAGUCUUCACAAGGUUUUCACACACUGUUGCUGGUAUUUUGGCCCAUUCCUCAAUGCAGAUCUCCUCUAGAGCAGUGAUGUUUUGGGGCUGUCGCUGGGCAACACAGACUUUCAACUCCAUCCAAAGAUUUUCUAUGGGGUUGAGAUCUGGAGACUGGCUAGGCCACUCCAGGUCCUUGAAAUGCUUCUUACGAAGCCACUCCUUCAUUGCCCGGGCGGUGUGUUUGGGAUCAUUGUCAUGCUGAAAGACCCAGCCACGUUUCAUCUUCAAUGCCCUUGCUGAUGGAAGGAGGUUUUCACUCAAAAUCUCACGAUACAUGGCCCCAUUCAUUCUUUCCUUUACACGGAUCAGUCGUCCUGGUCCCUUUUCAGAAAAACAGCCCCAAAGCAUGAUGUUUCCACCCCCAUGCUUCACAGUAGGUAUGGUGUUCUUUGGAUGCAACUCAGCAUUCUUUGUCCUCCAAACACGACGAGUUGAGUUUUUACCAAAAAGUUAUAUUUUGGUUUCAUCUGACCAUAUGACAUUCUCCCAAUCCUCUUCUGGAUCAUCCAAAUGCACUCUAGCAAACAUCAGACGGGCCUGGACAUGUACUGGCUUAAGCAGGGGGACACAUCUUGCACUGCAGGAUUUGAGUCCCUGGCGGCGUAGUGUGUUACUGAUGGUAGGCUUUGUUACUUUGGUCCCAGCUCUCUGCAGAACAUUCACUAGGUCCCCCCGUGUGGUUCUGGGAUUUUUGCUCACCAUUCUUGUGAUCAUUUUGACCCCACGGGGUGAGAUCUUGCGUGGAGCCCCAGAUCGAUGGAGAUUAUCAGUGGCCUUGUAUGUCUUCCAUUUCCUAAUAAUUGCUCCCACAGUUGAUUUCUUCAAACCAAGCUGCUUACCUAUUGCAGAUUCAGUCUUCCCAGUCUGGUGCAGGUCUACAAUUUUGUUUCUGGUGUCCUUUGACAGCUCUUUGGUCUUGGCCAUAGUGGAGUUUGGAGUGUGACUGUUUGAGGUUGUGGAUAGGUGUCUUUUAUACUGAUAAAAAGUUCAAACAGGUGCCAUUAAUACAGGUAACGAGUGGAGGACAGAGGAGCCUCUUAAAGAAGAAGUUACAGGUCUGUGAGAGCCAGAAAUCUUGCUUGUUUGUAGGUGACCAAAUAUUUAUUUUCCACCAUAAUUUGCAAAUAAAUUCAUUAAAAAUCCUACAAUGUGAUUUUCUGGAAUUUUUUUCUCUCAAUUUGUCUGUCAUAGUUGACGUGUACAUAUGAUGAAAAUUACAGGCCUCUCUCAUCUUUUUAAGUGGGAGAACUUGCACAAUUGGUGGCUGACUAUAUACUUUUUUUCCCCACUGUAGAACGGAUUUAAGUUUCCCUGCUUUAAAGUCCCCAGCCACUAGGAGCGCUGCCUCUGGAUGAGCGUUUUCCUGUUUAGUUAUGGCCUUAUAAAGCUCAUUGAGUGCAAUCUUAAUGCCAGCAUUGGUUUGUGGUGGUAAAUAGACAGCUAUGAAAAAUAUAGUUAAAAACUCUCUUGGUAAAUAGUGUGGUCUACAGCUUAUCAUAAGGUACUCUACCUCAGGCGAGCAAAACCUCAAGACUUCCUUAGGAUUUGAUUUUGUGCACCAGCUGUUGUUUACAAAUAUACACAGACCGCCACCCCUUGUCUUACCGGAGUCAGCCGUUCUAUCCUGCCGAUGUAGCGUAUAGCCCGCUAGCUGUAUGUUGUCCAUGUCGUCGUUCAGCCUCGACUCAGUGAAACAUAAGAUAUUACAGUUUUUAAUGUCCCGUUGGUAGGAUAAGCGUAAUCGUAGGUCAUCUAAUUUAUUUUCCAAUGAUUGAAGAUUGGCUAAUAGGAUUGAUGGAAGAGGCAGUUUACUCGCUCGCCGUCAGAUCCUUACGAGGCACCCCGACCUACGUCCACGAUAUCUCCGUCUCUUUCUCUUGCGAAUGACGGGGAUUUGGUCCUUGUCGGGUGUCUGUAGGAUAUCCUUUGCGGCCGCCUCGUUGAAUAAAAAAUCUUCGUCCAAUACGAGGUGAGUAAUCGCUGUCCUGAGAUCCAGAAACUCUUUUUGGUUAUAAGAGACGAUGGCAGAAACAUUAUGUACAGAAUAAAUUACAAAUAACGCGAAAAAACACACAUAAUAGUACAAUUGGUUAGAGGGCUGUAAAACGGCAGCCAUCUUCUCCGGCGCCAUCAUCAUUUAUGAUCGUUGAUUCAUAUCUGAUGCCCGGCCAAAUGGGAAGAUACUGUAUGUUUGACAGACUAAUCUUCCUAAACACACCAUAUGCAUGUGUUUAGUAUAGAAUGAACCUCGCUGUUGGAUGAACAGGUUCUACUUGGAAUGUUUUUACUUAUGAAUAAGGUGGCUGGGUCUGAGUCUACCUACUGCAUCUAAGCUUUAUUGGGCUAACGUGCUGAAUGCCAGAGGAAUAUGCACAUCUGUUUUAGUUUAAAAGGGAAGUUAAGAGCCUUUUGCAUAAACCCAAACUAUGCUACUUCUCUGUACAUUCUCUUCACAUAGACACUAUAAAAUCAUUUGGUUACUGGAGACUGCUUCCCUCAGUAUUUGAGUCCCCCCUCCCUCCAUGCUUUUACUGAGCUACGUCCUGUUUGAAACGUAGCAGUCUAUUCAUUCUCACAUUUUGCUGUGGUAUCUUUACUUAGCUAGUUCUCUUUGAAUGGACAAGCUUUCUAAGUAAGGCAUUGUAGAGUAAAAUCAGAGUUGUUGUUUGUAGAGUAAAAUCAGAAUUGUUGUUUGUAGAUUAAAAUCAGAGUUGUUGUUUGUAGAUUAAAAUCAGAGUUGUUGUUUGUAGAGUAAAAUCAGAGUUGUUGUUUUGUGUUUAUGAGGUUGUUGUUAGGUUGUUAAGUCAACAUAGCAAUUGGUGUAUAUAGAAUUGCCCUCUCCACUUUUGACUUUCUCUUACCCUCUUUGACCCCCAGUUCCACGAACCCCCCCUAAGAACAUCCAGGUCUACAACCCCACCACCAACAGCCUGAACGUGCGCUGGGAGCCCGCCUCUGGCCAGGUGCAGCAGUACCGCAUCGUCUAUGCACCUCUGUCUGGAGACAGACCCGCUGAGACAGUAAGUUCACUAGCUGCAUCCCAAAUAGCACCCUAUUCCCUAUGUAGUGCCCUACUUUUGACCAGGACCCAUAGGACUCUGGUGAAAAGUAGUGCACUAUAUAGGGAAUAGGGUGCCAUUUGGGACAUAAAAACGAUCUCUCUCCACUUUUAACCAGAGCCUGUCAUUAUAUUAAGAGGGGAGGCACGUUCACUGUCCCUGCUCAGACCACUCAGAGGGAAAGGGAAAGUCCACUUAAGCAAUAAAAGUGUAGAGUAGGGUUGCUGGGCUCUACGUUUGAUGAAUAUAUCGAAAACCCUCUCUCGAAGAGUUUGAUAGGAAGUCUGUGUAGAAGCCUCACAAAUGGCAUUCCCUUAGUAAUGAGGUUGGUGUUCAUUAGGCUAAUGGGGAAAUCCAGACUUUUGGGCUUUUAAUUCUCUGUCUAUCAGCAUUGAUUUUAUGCACUGAUGCGAUGCACAUAUCUUGGAUUACAGGAGAAAGAUAGAGCUAAUUGGCCUACAAACAGCUUUUACUGUACCACUAGGAGUUCGGAAAAUGUGCACAUGCACAUCUGUGAUAGACAUAGAUGAACAUUCUUACGUUUGAAGUUUUGGAGGGCAUAAGGCCUUGGUUGGAGGAUAAUGAGGCUGUUUUUAUUAGAAUGUUCUUUGAUGCAGCAGUAGGCCUUAAAAAUGCCUCAUGCUAAGAGACAGGUUUUUUUUACCAAAGCAUUCGCCAGCUCAGCUAACCUCUUGUCUAUUCUCAAUCAGGCUCCAUUGAGUGGUUUUCACAGAAAAUAUACAUUAGCAUAUACCUCAGCUACCUGCAUGUCUUGUCCAUCACUCUUUCAACUAGGAGAUUUUCAGUUUAAUCCUCAGAUAAGCUUUAGAUGAAGGUAGACUACUUUAAAGAGCAGCUGUGUUUAGCGUGAUGUAAUGGUCAUCCCCCAGACAAGCUAAUAGAUAAUGUGCUGGGUAGUGACAGUGAUGACCCUGGUGAUAUGACGAGACUGGGCUCCACUGUUGUUAGAAACAGGGGUGAGAUAGAUGCACAUUGAGGCCUGUCCAAUGACAGAGCACUGGUCUCAUGGUGUUGGUUACGUCUUUGCAUUUACUGGACGAUGGAUGCUUCAAUACACUAAUUUGUUUAUCAAUCACUUCUUAGCAUUUUAAACCUCUUCAGGGCUUUGUUAGUACUUCAUGUUAACCUUUGGCACUAGGCUCCCUCCAAGAAGACACUAGCAGGGAUUAACAGUGAGCUCAUUAUGUACGUUAGCAGUGCCAGAACAGUAUGUAAUGCAUGAAAAAGGUCAUUUUAAUAAGAAUCCUUCUUCAAGGGUGCAUCCCAAAUGACUCCCAAUACUAUGUUUGACCAGAGCCCUAUGGGCCAUGGCCAAACGUAGUGCUCUAAAUAGGGAAUAGGGUUCCAUUUGGGAUGCAAACCAAUCUUCCUCUCUGGGAAGCCAUCAUUGUGAUUUAUGUCUCAUGACCUCUCCAAAGGUCCUGGUCCCGGGAAACAUCAACAACGCGUUCCUGGAUUCGCUCAUUCCCGACACGCCGUACUCGAUCAGCGUCCUGGCUCUGUAUGCGGACGGGGAGAGCCCACCAGUGAAGGGAGACGGCAAAACAUGUAAGACUUGAAUCAAAUCAAUCUGACUUUGUUGUUUACACUGAUACUACUGACUCAUGCGACUCUUGUUUACAUUGAUACUACUGACUCAUGCGACUCCUGUUUACAUUGAUACUCUAGACUCAUGAGUGUUACAUGAGUGUUACUCAUGCUUCCACACAUACUUGCUUAUACUAUAAGACUCCUGAACAGCUAAUCAAUCAAAUGGCUAUGCAGACUAUUUGCAUUCCCUGCUGCCCAGUAACGCGAGCCUACCAGACGGGAUAAAUGCCUUUUAUGCUCGCUUCGAGGCAAGCAACACUGAAGCAUGCAUGAGUGCACCAGCUGUUCCGGAUGACUGUGUGAUCACGCUCUCUGUAGCCGAUAUGAGCAAGACCUUUAAACAGGUCAACAUUCACAAGGCCGCGGGGCCAGACGGAUUACCAGGAUGUGUACUCAGAGCAUGCGUGGACCAACUGAAAAGUGUCUUCACUGACAUUUUCAACCUCUCCCUGACCGAGUCUAUAAUACCUACAUGUUUCAAGCAGACCAUCAUAGUCCCUGUGCCCAAGAAAGCAAAGGUAACCUGCCUAAAUGACUACCGCCCCGUAGCACCCAUGUCGGUAGCCAUGAAGUGCUUUGAAAGGCUGGUCAUGGCUCACAUCAAAACCAUCAUCCCGGAAACCCUAGACCCACUCCAAUUCGCAUACCACCCCAACAGAUCCACAGAUUACGCAAUCUCAAUCGCACUCCACACUGCCCUUUCCCACCUGGACAAAAGGAACACCUAUGUGAGAAUGCUGUUCAUUGACUACAGCUCAGCGUUCAACACCAUAGUGCCCAGAAAGCUCAUUACUAUGCUAAGGACCCUGGGACUGAACAUAUCCCUUUGCAACUGGAUCCUGGACUUCCUGACGGGCCGCCCCCAGGUGGUAAGGGUAGGCAACAACACAUCUGCCAUGCUGAUUCUCAACACGGAGGCCCCUCAGGGGUGCGUGCUUAGUCCCCUCCUGUACGCCCUGUUCACCCAGGACUGCAUGGCCAAGCACGACUCCAACACCAUCAUUAAGUUUGCUGACGAAACAACGGUGGUAGGCCUGAUCACCGACAACGACGAGACAGCCUAUAGGGAGGAGGUCAGAGACCUGGCAGUGUGGUGCCAGGACAACAACCUCUCCCUCAACGUGAGCAAGACAAAUGAGAUGAUCGUAAACUACAGGAAAAGGAGGGCUGAACACGCCCCCAUUCACAUCGACGUGGCUGUAGUGGAGCGGGUCGAGAGUUUCAAGUUCCUUGGUGUCCACAUCACCAACAAACUAUCAUGGUCCAAACACACCAAGAAAGUUGUGAAGAGGGCACGACAACGAGAUUUCCUCCUCAGGAGACUGAAAAGAUUUGGCAUGGGUCCCCAGAUCCUCAAAAAGUUAUACAGCUGCACCAUCGAGAGCAUCCUGACUGGUUGCAUCACCGCCUGGUAUGGCAACUGCUCGGCAUCCGACCUUAAGGCGUUACAGAGGGUAGUGCGUACAGCCCAGUACAUCACUGGGGCCAAGCUUCCUGCCAUCCAGGACCUAUAUACUAGGCGUGUCAGAGGACGGCCCAAAAAAUUGUUGGUUAAGGGCUUGUAAGUAAGCAUUUCACGGUAAGGUCUACACCUGUUGUAUUCGGCGCAUGUGACAAAUAAAAUUUGAUUUGAUUUGAUUUGAAAUACACAAUGAGUAAAGAUACGUUCGCUAUAUACAUGGGGUACCAGUACCUAGUCGAUGUGCUGGGGUAUGAGGUAAUUGUGGUAGAUAUGUACAGUGGCUUUUUGAGGAUCAUGGGGUGUGCAGCGUUGCUAGGUACAUGUGUUUGAGUGUAACCCAGUAUUGUUGCUGUUGCAGUACCCCGUGUUGGACCUAGGAACCUGCGGGUGUUUGAUGCCACCACCAAUACUCUUACCAUCGUCUGGGACCACGCGGAGGGCCUGGUGCAGCAAUACAAGAUCGCCUACGCCCCCACCACAGGAGACCCCAUCACUGAGUUUGUGAGUUCAUAGGUUGGAUCCCAAAUGGCACCCACAGGGCUCUGGUCCAAAGGAGUGCACUAUAUAGGGAAUAGGGUGCCAUUUGGUAUGCAUCCAUAGUGUCUCUCGACAGACUUUCACGUAGCAGGGAACUUUGAGGUUGACUCGAGGGACGAGUGAGUUCAUGACCUAAACAUGUCUCUUUUUAUAUUAUAAUUAUAUAUAUAUAUAUAUAUAUUAUAUUUGGCUGAGUGGCAAAUCAAAUACACUCCUCCACACUUACUGUUCAAUGUGUUACUACUGCCAAAGCACUGUAGGCCUACAAAGUCAUACUUCAGUGUCAGCAAAUAACUGCUGAUUAAUAAGACGAAUUAAAGGCUCAGUUAGAUCAACAUUAUCACUGGAAACAUUUUGUUACAUUACCUUGGAUUAUUAAUGACUUUACACACAGAGCUGGAGCACUUUAGGGCAGCAUAGCAGCACUGCAUCAUUAUUCCCUAGUAAGGCAGCCGUUGUGUGACAUAACAAAUGCUUCUAUACGAGAGAAAAAUGAAUGAGUCCUUUAGCACUGAGUUAUAAAUGAAAAGUCACUAGAGCUAAUCCUCCAGUGUUCCAAGAGGACAAGGAACUUUCCAUUAAUAGCCUUCUUUUACCUCUGCUGCAGUGAUGUAGGAGUUAGCCUAGAAUUAACACUUAGCUUCCAUAAGUAAUUCCAUAAUUAUGAUCCUUUGUGUGUGUUGUGAAGCCAUUUUUUAAAAUGAACUAACUGAGUUCUCUGUGGUACUUUUCCUCACAGACAGUUGUUCCUGGCAACAGAAACAAUGCCAUCCUGCAGAACCUGCUUCCUGACACUCCCUACAGCAUUACUGUGGAAGCCAUCUAUGCUGAUGGAGCAGGGCCAUCUCUGAACGGGCCCGGACGCACAGGUAACGCAGUUAGGAAAAGUGUUCGGGAAGUGUUCAGUCUAGUAUACUGUACACAUGACGGUCCAGCUAGCUGGACAGAAUUUCCAAGCCUGAUGAGCUGAGCUGGGAGUGAGAACUAUGCACAGGAGUGGAAAAUACUUACAAGAGCCAUGCUAUAGCCAACCGAUUCCCAAAAAAAAUCAGUUUGAAGAGUUCGUAAGAUUGGGAAUACACAGUAGAGGCAACUAGGAAAGCUCAACGACUGGUGAACAUAAGCCCCGAGUUACACAAACAAUAGAAACGUUAUGUCUUGGCUUGAACAGAAGCACCACUGUGGAUGGGCCUCGCUUCAAUGGGUUGUCACCACCCACGCAAACCAACCUACCCACUACCCAGUUAAGCUCCCUCAGCAAGACCAUGAAACUCACUUUCAGGUAUUUGAAAAGGAAAUAAUAUCCCAAAAAAUCACUAUUUCUAAAACAAGCCAUAGAAAGUUGGUUGCAAUUUCAAUUUAAUCCUCCAGAAAUGACAGAACAAAUAUUGCAACAAAUAUUGUGGUUAAACUCAAAUAUACUAAUUGAUAAAAAAAACGUUAUUCUUUGAGAAAAUGUUUAAAAAAGGUAUAAUCUUCAUAAAUUAUAUUAUCGUUAGGAAUGGUGGAGUUAUGUCGCACAUGCAGCUAACAAAAACAUAUGGAAAUGUCUGCUCUACCCAAAAUUACAACCAAAUAAUUGCAGCAUUACCACAAAAAUGGAAGAGGAAAGUGGAAGGAGGAAAAAGUAAGGAACUUGUCUGUCGGCCUUGCAUUAAAGAACAUAAUUGGUUAAAGAAAAUUGUGAAAAAUAAAAAAGUUUACCAGUUUCAUUUAAGGACCAAAAGAUUGACAGCCGUCCCAUAUAGAUUGCAAAAUAGUUGGGAAGAGAUUUUUGAUGUACCGAUUCCAUGGCAUAGUGUUUAUGAACUGAUACGCAAAACGACGCCGGAUUCAAAACUUUGAAUUUUUCAAUUUAAAUGAUUAUAUAAAAUUCUUGCUACCAAUAGAAUGUUAUUUGUAUGGGGGAUACAAUCUUCCCAGCUCUGCAGAUUUGGCUGUGAAGAGACAGAAUCAUUAGAUCAUUUGUUUUGGUACUGUCCAUUUGAAGCUUGUUUCUGGACACAGGUCCAAGAAUGGCUGAAGGAUUGCAAUAUUUGCAUGGAGCUGACCCUGCAGAUGAUCUGAAAAGUCAUAGUCAAUCGAUCAAUAAUAUAAUAAUACUUUUAGCAAAAAUGUUUAUUUUCAAUUCACAAACUGUAGAAACAAUGAGAAUAGAAAGGUUCAGAACUUUUGUAAAACAUCACAGUACAGUUGAAAAAUAUAUGGCAAAUAGAAAUCCAAUAUGGAUGGUUAAGAGAUAGAUGGGAGGUGUUGAAUGGAGCUGAAGGAUGGGACCAAUAACAACAGCUAAUAACAACAAGAUAACUAAUGUAAGACAUGCUGUGUCCAUAAUAAGUAUAUAGGUUAUAUAUUGUUAGCUUUUGUGAAAGAGCACAGUUAGAAAGAUAUGACAUAUAGAAGCAUACCAGAUGGACAUCAUGAAAAUGAUCGGAGGAAGUUCAGGAGUAAAAACAAACAAAAUAUAAUUAUUGACUGUGUCCAUAAAAUGUAUAUAGUAUGUAUAAGCAUGAAGUAGAGGCCUAAGCGUUGUUGUUCACUAGUUUACUCCAAUUAGGGAAGGAAUGGUGGGGUUGGAAAGUAAUAAAGGGAAAUAUAUAUAUUUUAAAGGAUAUGUAUGUAUAUAUGUAUAUGCGUAUAUAUAUGUAUACAGUGGGGAAAAAAAGUAUUUAGUCAGCCACCAAUUGUGCAAGUUCUCCCACUUAAAAAGAUGAGAGAGGCCUGUAAUUUGCAUCAUAGGUACACGUCAACUAUGACAGACAAAAUGAGAAAAAAAAAUCCAGAAAAUCACAUUGUAGGAUUUUUAAUGAAUUGAUUUGCAAAUUAUGGUGGAAAAUAAGUAUUUGGUCAAUAACAAAAGUUUCUCAAUACUUUGUUAUAUACCCUUUGUUGGCAAUGACACAGGUCAAACGUUUUCUGUAAGUCUUCACAAGGUUUUCACACACUGUUGCUGGUAUUUUGGCCCAUUCCUCCAUGCAGAUCUCCUCUAGAGCAGUGAUGUUUUGGGGCUGUCGCUGGGCAACACGGACUUUCAACUCCCUCCAAAGAUUUUCUAUGGGGUUGAGAUCUGGAGACUGGCUAGGCCACUCCAGGACCUUGAAAUGCUUCUUACGAAGCCACUCCUUCGUUGCCCGGGCGGUGUGUUUGGGAUCAUUGUCAUGCUGAAAGACCCAGCCACGUUUCAUCUUCAAUGCCCUUGCUGAUGGAAGGAGGUUUUCACUCAAAAUCUCACGAUACAUGGCCCCAUUCAUUCUUUCCUUUACACGGAUCAGUCGUCCUGGUCCCUUUGCAGAAAAACAGCCCCAAAGCAUGAUGUUUCCACCCACAUGCUUCACAGUAGGAAUGGUGUUCUUUGGAUGCAACUCAGCAUUCUUUGUCCUCCAAACACGACGAGUUGAGUUUUUACCAAAAAGUUCUAUUUUGGUUUCAUCUGACCAUAUGACAUUCUCCCAAUCCUCUUCUGGAUCAUCCAAAUGCACUCUAGCAAACUUCAGACGGGCCUGGACAUGUACUGGCUUAAGCAGGGGGACACGUCUGCCACUGCAGGAUUUGAGUCCCUGGCGGCGUAGUGUGUUACUGAUGGUAGGCUUUGUUACUUUGGUCCCAGCUCUCUGCAGGUCAUUCACUAGGUCCCCCCGUGUGGUUCUGGGAUUUUUGCUCACCGUUCUUGUGAUCAUUUUGACCCCACGGGGUGAGAUCUUGCGUGGAGCCCCAGAUCGAGGGAGAUUAUCAGUGGUCUUGUAUGUCUUCCAUUUCCUAAUAAUUGCUCCCACAGUUGAUUUCUUCAAACCAAGCUGCUUACCUAUUGCAGAUUCAGUCUUCCCAGCCUGGUGCAGGUCUACCAUUUUGUUUCUGGUGUCCUUUGACAGCUCUUUGGUCUUGGCCAUAGUGGAGUUUGGAGUGUGACUGUUUGAGGUUGUGGACAGGUGUCUUUUAUACUGAUAACAAGUUCAAACAGGUGCCAUUAAUACAGGUAACGAGUGGAGGACAGAGGAGCCUCUUAAAGAAGAAGUUACAGGUCUGUGAGAGCCAGAAAUCUUGAUUGUUUGUAGGUGACCAAAUACUUAUUUUCCACCAUAAUUUGCAAAUAAAUGCAUUAAAAAUCCUACAAUGUGAUUUUCUGGAUUUUUUUUUCUCAAUUUGUCUGUCAUAGUUGACGUGUACCUAUGAUGAAAAUUACAGGCCUCUCUCAUCUUUUUAAGUGGGAGAACUUGCACAAUUGGUGGCUGACUAAAUACUUUUUUCCCCCACUGUAUAUGUGUAUGUAUAUAUAUAUAUAUAUAUAUAUAUAUAUAUAUACAGUGAGGGAAAAAAGUAUUUGAUCCCCUGCUGAUUUUGUCCAUUUGCCCACUGACAAAGGCAUGAUCAGUCUAUAAUUUUAAUGGUAGGUUUAUUUGAAUAGUGAGAAACAGAAUAACAACUAAAAAAUCCAGAAAAAUGUAUGUCAAAAAUUUUAUAUAUUGAUUUGCAUUUUAAUGAGGGAAAUAAGUAUUUGACCCCUCUGCAAAACAUGACUUAGUACUUGGUGGCAAAACCCUUGUUGGCAAUCACAGAGGUCAGACGUUUCUUGUAGUUGGCCACCAGGUUUGCAGACAUCUCAGGAGGGAUUUUUUUCCACUCCUCUUUGCUGAUCUUCUCCAAGUCAUUAAGGUUUCGAGGCUGACGUUUGGCAACUCGAACCUUCAGCUCCCUCCACAGAUUUUCUAUGGGAUUAAGGUCUGGAGACUGGCUAGGCCACUCCAGGACCUUAAUGUGCUUCUUCUUGAGCCACUCCUUUGUUGCCUUGGCCGUGUGUUUUGGGUCAUUGUCAUGCUGGAAUACCCAUCCACGAUCCAUUUUCAAUGCCCUGGCUGAGGGAAGGAGGUUCUCACCCAAGAUUUGACGGUACAUGGCCCCGUCCAUCGUCCCUUUGAUGCGGUGAAGUUGUCCUGUCCCCUUAGCAGAAAAACACCCCCAAAGCAUAAUGUUUCCACCUCCAUGUUUGACGGUGGGGAUGGUGUUCUUGGGGUCAUAGGCAGCAUUCCUCCUCCUCCAAACACGGCUAGUUGAGUUAAUGCCAAAGAGCUCGAUUUUGGUCUCAUCUGACCACAACACUUUCACCCAGUUCUCCUCUGAAUCAUUCAGAUGUUCAUUGGCAAACUUCAGACGGGCCUGUAUAUGUGCUUUCUUGAGCAGGGGGACCUUGCGGGCGCUCCAGGAUUUCAGUCCUUCACGGCAUAGUGUGUUACCAAUUGUUUUCUUGGUGACUAUGGUCCAAGCUGCCUUGCGAUCAUUGACAAGAUCCUCCCGUGUAGUUCUGGGCUGAUUCCUCACCGUUCUCAUGAUCAUUGCAACUCCACGAGGUGAGAUCUUGCAUGGAGCCCCAGGUCGAGGGAGAUUGACAGUUCUUUUGUGUUUCUUCCAUUUGCGAAUAAUCGCACCAACUGUUGUCACCUUCUCACCAAGCUGCUUGGCGAUGGUCUUGUAGCCCAUUCCAGCCUUGUGUAGGUCUACAAUCUUGUCCCUGACAUCCUUGGAGAGCUCUUUGGUCUUGGCCAUGGUGGAGAGUUUGGAAUCUGAUUGAUUGAUUGCUUCUGUGGACAGGUGUCUUUUAUACAGGUAACAAACUGAGAUUAGGAGCACUCCCUUUAAGAGUGUGCUCCUAAUCUCAGCUCGUUACCUGUAUAAAAAGACACCUGGGAGCCAGAAAUCUUUCUGAUUGAGAGGGGUUCAAAUACUUAUUUCCCUCAUUAAAAUGCAAAUUAAUUUAUAACAUUUUUGACAUGCGUUUUUCUGGAUUUUUUUGUUGUUAUUCUGUCUCUCACUGUUCAAAUAAACCUACCAUUAAAAUUAUAGACUGAUCAUUUCUUUGUCAGUGGGCAAACGUACAAAAUCAGCAGGGGAUCAAAUACUUUUUUCCCUCACUGUAUAUGCGAGAGAAAACAAAUAUGGGGGAUUGGAAGUGAUGCAGACAAUUACAUUGAUGGAAGUUACAAUCUAUCUGCAAUAUUAAAGCUGAUCUACCCCCCCCCCCCCACUCAUAAUAGUCUUCGUAAACAGAGGAGGAGGAAAAACAACAGUGGCUGCUGUAGACUUGGAGCCCAGGCUAUGUAAUGGUAAUGUGGUGAGAUACGGCACUGGGGGCUAGCUAGCCUGGAAGUGGGGUCAUGGCCUCACUUGUUGUUGGGAGUAUUGGCCGUGACUGAUUGAAUGUUGACAUGUGUCUGCUCUCUCUGCUGGUGCUGUGCCUCUGUUAUAGUCGGCCUGCUGGAGCCCUUGAGUCUGCGCAUCUCGGACGAGUGGUACACCCGCUUCCGUGUGGCCUGGGACCCCUCGCCGUCUCCGGUGCUCGGAUACAAGCUGGUCUACACUCCUGCGGGUGAGAUGACAUCAGACUCUGGGCCACGUCUGUGCAGUCAUGAGAAGGGACCCAUAACACCCUGAGUUACAGGACUUCUCAAUAUCAUGUUUUGUCAUGCAGGGUUUUAUAUUUCAUUGUCCAUAUCAACCAACCACACUUUCUAGUACAAAAAGUGUAUUGACAACAAUUAAUAAGUAAUGAUGCAGAAUAAUUUGCAUGCCACACCUUUACAUUUCAAGUGAGAUGAUUUCAGGUUUAGAGCAUACCUCUCCUCUCCUCUCCUCUCCUCUCCUCUCCUCUCCUCUCCUCUCCUCUCCUCUCCUCUCCUCUCCUCUCCUCUCCUCUCCUCUCCUCUCCUCUCCUCUCCUCUCCUCUCCUCUCCUCUCCUCUCCUCUCCUCUCCUCCCUUUAUGAGUAGAGUUUGUGUUGUACUUUUGCUGUUGUUAAAGUAGAGAUUGUGUUGUGUUUUGCCUGCAGAAGAAGAUCAGAGUAAGAGCUUGGAUGUGUUCGUGGGUGACGUGACCUCAUACACCCUCCAGAACCUGCUCCCUGGCACCACCUACGAUGUCAAAGUGUUUUCCCAGUAUGGCGCUGGCAUGAGUGGGGCCCUCGAAGGACAGGGAACAACACGUAUGUAUUUGAAUAACAGAAAUAUCACCUUGUUUGAACAUCAAUGUUAACCUGAAUACAUGCUUAGUCCCAAAUGGCACCCUAUUCCCUACAUAGUGGAGUACUUUUGACCAGGGUCCACUGUAGCCUCAGUCUUGAAGUCACUCUGAGACUAUUCUUCUUGUGUUCUGCUCCACAGUCUACCUGAACGUCACCAACAUCGAGACCUACAAUGUUGGCUUCGACAAGUUCUGCAUCAAGUGGAGUCCUCACAGGGCUGCCACUUCCUACAGGAUCAAGCUCAACCCUCUGGACCGUAAGUCUCAAUCUUAAAGCCACAAUCCUGAGUUCUUGUUUCAGCCAACCAUUAGAAGCAGAUUGCACCUUUAAGCUUGGAUAGAUGAGAUACUUUUUCUACCCUGAAAAAUUGCUGCAUUACAAUUGAGUAUAUGCUUCCCUUAUUUAAAAAUCUGGAGCCACAAAGGAGAAUGUUGAAGGGACAUCAACACAUGAUGUGGUUGAUGUUAGUCAGUCACUAGCCAGAGAUGCUAUAGAUCCUCCAUGGAUCAGAGCCACACCCUCCUCUGUGUUCAGAACAUUGGAAUGGCACUGUGCUGCGUGUUGAGAUUGAGUCUAGACAUUCACACGACUGUUUAUGCUUAGCCCUCCCCUGUGUUUAUCCCUCAAAGGAGAAUGCAUGAUGUGGCGUUUUCUGAAAGCAUACGACAACCAAGUUUUAAUUGUGUCUCUGUCUGAAAAGAUUACUUCAUUUUAACUUCUGUCUGCCUUUGAAUCAAUCAGUUUCAUAUUCACACAUAGACCCGGGGUAUAAACUGUUAAAAACAUGAAGCAGUAUCGCAAGGAUUUCAAUAUUGACAUGGUAGUCAUUACCCAAGACACAUUUCCAAACUAAAGCAGGCUUUGCUUGUGUGAGAAAGACAGCUGCUGCAGAAAGCACUCCCCGAAGGUAAACAGUCCCCGAAGGUAAACAGUCCCCAGGUUUUGAGAAACUAGCAACCUUUUAAAGAUGCAUCAGAUAUAGACAGAGCUUCCAAGUCAGCAAUAGUUUGUCUGAAGUGGAAUGCAAACAGUGGUAGAGGAGCGAGGAUCAUGGCACACGUCUCUGACCAAAAAUGACUAAGCAAUGCCUAUGGGAGCCUUCAGCAGAAAGGGUCAGCCUAGGAGAGGUGAAUGAGGGGAUAAUUACAGUUUAAAAGGCCAUUGUCUUGGUCUCAUGGUUCAUUAGACCAAAAACACAACAUUUAGAAAAUCUUUCUGCAUUUUCCCCAAAACAAUUCAUAUUGAAUUUGUAGAGUGAUAACACAGAUAUUACAUGUAUUUUGACAUUAUUGUUUAACCGCAGAACUGUCAAAUAGCCCCAGCUGAAUGCCAUUAACUCUUGUUUGCGUACUCAGAGAAGACCUGUGAUUUUUAUGAGGAGCAACGUUUCAGGCAGCAGCCUCGGCAGUCAACACAUGUCAACAUGUUUCUCUUCUCAACAUAUGUCAACAUGUCUCAUAUUUCUCUUUGUGUUGUCUCUGUCUAGCCUCCAGUAAAGGUCAGCAGGAGAUCACCAUCACUGCAGCUCAGAGCCAGUACUGCUUCGAGGGUCUCUCCCCGGACGCUCUCUACAGUGCCACCGUGUUUGUUCAGACCCCUAACCUGGAGGGCCCCGGAGUCAGCACCAAGGAGAGAACCUGUGAGUAUCUUGAGUCUUCAAAACGUUACUUUAAGUGGUGUUUUGUGAAUUGUCCAUUUUUGUUUAUGUUUACUUAUACUUUGUUGUCUCUUUGUUAAAGUGGUCAAGCCUACUGAAGCGCCAACACUACCCCCCACUCCUCCACCACCUCCUACCAUCCCCCCUGCAUGGGCAGGUAAGCAGAAAUGGCACCAUAUCCACCACAUCCAUAAUGACACAGGACCGACCACACAGAACCACACAGAACCACACAGAACCACACAGAACCACACAGAACCACACGGAACCACACAGAACCACACAGAACCAUACUGAACCACACAGAACCACACAGAACCACACUGAACCACACAGAACAACACAGAACCAUACUGAACCACACAGAACCACACAGAACCAUACUGAACCACACAGAACCACACAGAACCAUGCUGAACCACACAGAACCACACAGCACUACAUCCACCAAUGCUAUGGAAUAUUUGAGCCCCAAACCAGGUAUCAGCUUUAAAGAAAUAGGUAUCCAAAGAAGCUGUUUGUUUGAUAAGGUAUUGUGUAAAACUUGUUUAUGGACUCAGACUUGGAGGAUGGGGAUUGCGAUAGAUAAAGAAAUGUGCUGUACCACAUCAGGCAGACAGUAUCUUGUGUUUUGCCAACUCCUUUUUUUGUACUAAGCGAGAAAGCCAUUAAAGAGCAGUUCAUUUCCAGCCCUUAUGGUGACCAAAUGUUUCUGGUUGUGUUCCUUUUUUUCAGGAACGUAUGAUCAAUUAAACCAAUAAUUGCUAUGUACAGCUUCAUUAUGUCAUUGUUUUCCUUGAUGGUUUUGUUUUUCAGAUUCCUGCAGACAUUUUUAUUUUCGAGGUUGUCGACUCUAAUUAUGAUGCCGUUCUCUGUUAUCGGUCCUGGUGUUGCAGGCAGCCCAGAGUCUGAGGCCUGCCAUGGAAUCUAUCUAGUGCAGUUCAUUGAGUUGUUUUUCUUCUGCCUCAGUGUGCAAAGGUGCCAAGGCAGAUGUGGUGUUCCUUAUCGACGGCUCGUGGAGUAUCGGAGAACAGAGCUUCCGGAAAGUGGUGCAGUUCGUCUUCAGCAUGAUUGGAGCCUUCGACGUCAUCGGAUCGACGGGAAUGCAGGUGUGUAGUGCUGUAAAUAGAGCUGUAAAUCGUGGUAAAAGCAUGUUGUAAGACUAUAAUUGUUAGUCAACUUGGUGAUAGCUGAUAGUUUUAGCAUAACAUACUACAUAGAAUACCAGGUACGCUAUGACAUCAUACUACAACUCCUCGUAAUGCUCAUGUCUGUUUACUUUGGAAACAGGUGUCGUUCGUUCAGUACAGCGACGAAGCAAAGACAGAGUUCAGGCUGAACACUUACUCGGACAAGGGCAGCGCUCUCGCUGCUCUACAACUCAUUCAGUACAGAGGAGGAAACACUAAGACCGGUGAGCCUCUUCCCAAACCCAGCACCCACCAACUAGUCUCAGGUUGUAAACGUUACAAUGGACACCAACACAUUUCAUGAGCCUGGUCCCAGAUCUGUUUCUGCUCUUAACAAAUCCAUUAGUGUCACUGGCAUGACAAUGAGUGACAAGGAGUUGGCAUUAUAGCACAAACAGACUGGCAUUCAGGCUAACGUUUCAUUGGAUGCAAGCCAAACAUGCUUAUUCUUUAUAGAUCCAUCCACUGAUUAGACAUAGUUGUCUAUUCAAUGUUAUCCGAUAUCAGACUAAUUCAAUUAUAAUUUUCAUUGACCUAUCUUUGUUCUUGAUCAGGUGUUGCUCUGAAGCAUGUCAAGGAGAAGGUAUUCACGUCCGAAAAUGGAAUGAGGAGGAAUGUCCCCAAGGUCGUGGUAGCUGUCACAGACGGUCGUUCUCAGGAUGAAGUUAAGAGAAACGCUGCCGCACUGCAGCAUGCUGGUAAGGGUUACUGAGUUUGCUAAACAGGAAUCUUCCAGUCAAACCAUCAACCACAACGCUUGUGUUAUUUAUGUUGUCAUUGAAGUAUCCACAAUCUGUAAUUUAUUAGAAUCACCAAUACACAUAGUUGGUUAUCUGAGUGUGUGAAUGUGUUCCCCCUCCAGGUUACAGUGUGUUUGUGGUUGGUGUUGCCGAUGUGGAUUAUGCUGAGCUGCAGAACAUUGGUAGCAAGCCAAGUGACAGACACAUCUUCAUUGUGGACGACUUUGAUGCUUUUGCAACUAUCCAAGACAACCUUGUGACCUUCAUUUGCGAAACAGCAACAUCAUGUAAGCUUUUUAGGUCUUUAUUUUUGUUGGAUAACACUUAAAGUAUUUAUCAGUUAGCGAUUCAUUUAUCUCCCAUGAAAAUAAACUCUAGAAACAAAUGAAACUGUUGCUAAUCUUUGAUAUUAUCUUCACAGCUUGUCCCCUGAUCUACCUGAACGGAUUCACAUCACCUGGUAAGUAUGCUCAGAUUAUUAAUUAUGUGCAUCCCAAAUUAGAACCAACUGCAGAAACAGCAUGCAUUAUUUCCUCAUUAUUGUAUAUGAGGAAUUUCUAGAACUUCUUACAACGUCUUAGAACUUCCUAGAACUUAUUAGAACUUUCUAGAACUUCUUAGAACUUCCUAUAACUUUCUAGAACAUCUUAUAACUUCCUUUAACUUCAUAGAACCUCCUGGAACUUAAUAAGACUUAUUUACCUUGUGCUCUAGGUUUCAGAAUGCUGGAGGCGUUCAACCUGACAGAGAAGACCUAUGGCUAUAUCAAGGGAGUGUCUAUGGAACCUGGCUCCUUCAACAGCUACACAGCCUACAGACUCCAUAAGAACUCCUUCCUGACCCAGCCCACCACGUGAGUCUGAGAUACCAUUGUCUUGGAUUAGAAAAAUCUGGUAUUUUCCCAAAAAAGUCCCAGGUAUUCCAGGUUUGAGGAUUCCAGGAAUCAGGAGGGAAUAAUAAUCCAACCAGGAUUUCUGGAUAACCUGUGCAUUUUGUGAAAGUUGCCAGAAUUUUGCAAAUCUACCAUCGUCUCUGGCUUGGAUUGGUCAAUUCUACAUCUUGUGGUUGUAUGUCUGCACUGCUUUUUUGAGCUAAUGGAUUUAAGGGAUAAUUGAGUUGCAGCACAAAGCCUGCCAGCACUUGCUGUGGAUCUCUGGUGAAUUACAUGUCAAUAAAAUGCCCUAAGGCAACCAUGCUGGAAAACAUUAGCUCAAAACCAUACUUAGCUGAGAACGAUUUGUUAAUAUGUUCUCUAAUCAUUCCAUAUGCUGUAGCUGACCUUGUCAUGGCUUGAUCGACCUUUGAAGGAAAGCAGCACCUCCAGUAGCAUUUGGUCUGCAGAAUAACAACAUCAAUACUUUUUAUACAGAAGAUUCCAGGAAGUUGCUGGAAUUUCGCAACCCUAAUACUGUUUGUUCAGAUUAUAAUGAUAUUCUUAGACUGAAAGCUUGUCUACGCUCAAGUCGAGGAAGACUGAGGACAUGGAGGUCAAUGCAGGGAGGCAACUGUUAAAAAAUGACAUGUUUUCUAACGUUACCUUUUUAUGGGUCUUUGCCAUCCUGUAAAAACAGUAUAAACGUCUGUUUGGCACUUGGAGAUAGCCCGGGCCACUAACAUGACACGUCUUGCCCAACUAUGUUCAGACAGACUGUUAGAGCCCUUUCCCCUCUAAACUAGGUCAAUAGAUUUACGACAUCCUGUUAAGUGUUAAGAAGUGAUCUAGUUCAAUCUGAAGUUCUGGCAUACUGUUGGUUUCACUCAGCCCACGUAGCGUAGAGACAUCCAACUCCACUGUUUAUCUCCUACAUCAUACAUCUCUAAGCGCUUUAUCAGUCGCACAGUAGGCCUAUCAAAUAUCCCCAGUCAGCUUAACCUUCCACAUAGUUUUACCUCUGUUUUUUACUCUAAGGAACAACAUCAUCCAUAUCACAGUGCUACAUAAGCAUAGAGUAAUACUGUUUUAUCCAUUUCAUAUGUAUAUACUGUAUUCUAGUCAAGUCCAUCCUAUUCAACUAUUGCUGUACAUAUGCUAUUCUAUCCACGUAUUCUUCAGAUAUACUAUAUAUUCUAUCCACAUACUGUCCAUAAUGUCUAUGCAUCCCAUCACAUAUAUAAUGUAUAUUGAUGGUAAGUUGAUUUUGUAGUUUUUGAAUGGUCAGUCUAAUUGUUGGGGUUGUGUGGGGGUUUGAACAGAGAGAUCCACCCUGACGGACUACCUCACUCCUAUACCAUCAUCAUGAUGUUCCGUCUCCUCCCGGACACGCCCACCGAGGCCUUUGACAUCUGGCAGGUGUCCACCAAGGACGACAAGCCUGAAGUCGGGGUCACCAUCGAUCGUAAGGCUUUCUAGCCUCUUUGACUUGUGUUGAAUGGUUGGGGUUGUGGAUUUGAAGGAGUUGAGGAUGGAGGGUUACAAUAAGGGUGACAAGAGGUUACUGGGGCUGCAUCCCAAAUGGCACCUUGUUCCCUACACAGUGGGCCCUGGUCAAAAGUAGUGCACUACAUAAGGAAUAGGGUGCCAUUUGGGACGCUGCCAAAUGUGUUGUGUGAGGAGAAGAUAUCCAGCAGCUGUAGAUAUCUUUCUGUGGUUCUGUAUGAUAUCCUCUCAUGGGAUCAGUGAAAGGAUUGUAAUGGGCUCUAGAGGCCAGGGCUGCAUUGGUCUCCCUCAGUAACCAUACGCAGCCUCCUCCAACAUCCAGCAUCCUGUACUAGCUAUCUUCAGCUGGCCUUUGUAAAGCCCCAACCAUGUUGUUUUAUGAUGUAGCUAUCACAAAGCAUAUCUGUUUGUGCUUUAUGAUAAACUGCCCAUUGAUGAUGGUGGAGUCCUGUUUCUAGUUUAGGAGCUUUGCAUGACACCAAGUCCUAAUGCGACGUUGGAGAGCUAUCUGUAACCUCUUUCUUUCUCUCGCUAAUUGUUUUUUUCUCUUUUCAGCUUCUAGCCAAACUAUAUCGUAUUAUAACAAGGAUACGAGGGGGGAGAUCCAGAGGGUCACAUUCGACAAUGAUCAAGUGAAGAGAAUCUUCCAUGGAAGCUUCCACAAGGUAAUCACUGACUGCCUGUCUGCGUAGCUGUUGGGAUUGGUGGAAUAUAUUGGGUGUAGUGAAGUCAAUGGCUGGAUUAUAUAACAUCCUGGGCCUGGCAACUAGAUUGGAGGUGUGGUACAUCAAUCACAGCUGGCUCCUUUGUUCUUGCGGUAAGCUUGGCAUGUCCCGAGGAUAUACAGACACCGAGAAGGGAUACCUGGCAUUCCAAAUAUGUUAUAUAUUACAGGAGGUGUACCUCCAAUACAGCUACAGAUGUGUGCUGAAAAAUGUCUGCAUAUGCAAACAGAUGGUCUUUGGCUGUAAAUUGUAAAACCCCAAUGUUACAUGAUGCAUGGAUUGUUGUUAUUGAUGGUGAUCAAAACCUCUCAAAGUAAUCAAGAGAUAGAAGUGGCAAUUGAUCUUCUAUCAGUUUGUUUUGACUUUAAAGAUAAUCAAAUGGCUGGUUCAUGCUAAGCUGAAGUGGUCAUGUUUGGUCCAGGUCCAACUCCACAUAGGUUGGAGGUUGACCAAAUUCCAAUUCCUUGGUUGUUGGUUUCCAAGAGGAACUAGUGGGGCAGAGAAUUCAGCGGUGUUGGCAUAUUUGAUCACUUGGAUUAGCAUUAAGUUCAGUAACUGAGUUGUAGCCUAAAGGAAGAGAGACCACUAAAGAUUGACUAUAGGCAGAGAGUAGUAGACCGUCUGUGUAUUAAGAGCUAUAAGGAAGCACUCCCCUCUACUGCAGUUUUCCUAACAGCGGGAAUGCGUCCUUUACCAUAAGGUCAGAGCAGGGUGCUCAUAGGGGCUGUGGACAUGACGUACUGCAGGGGAUGGUGGUGUGGACAACCCUAUUGCACAUUUUCAAUAGAAGUAUUUUUGGGGAGACCAUUAAAAGGCACUGCUAGUCACUGCUGGCGAGCUAGUCUGGAAAAUAUUGGGUCACUGCUAUAGCUAUUACACAAUGACAUCAGAGAGGGAGUGGAAUGCCAGGCUAGGGGGAGUCUCUCUCUCUCUCUCUCUCUCUCUCUCUCUCUCUCUCUCUCUCUCUCUCUCUCUCUCUCUCUCUCUCUCUCUCUCUCUCUCUCUCUCUCUCUCGGCACUGCUGCUGUUUCUCUGCCUGGAUGUUGGAUGCAGGCCUAGUAUUGCCUCUGUUGCCACUGGUAGCUAAACGCAGGGGAAUUCUUGCUGCUGCUGUUGGGUAGGUGACUCUGUUCUGUGGUUCACCUUCCAGCACGAUUGUCUGCUGCAUCUGUCCAAGUGUUCCAGCAGGGUUGUGUAGGCCUAUAUGCUGUAUCUGUCCCAGUGUUCCAGCAGGGUUGUGUACAUGCUGUAUCUGUCCCAGUGUUCCAGCAGGGUUGUGUACAUGCUGUAUCUGUCCCAGUGUUCCAGCAGGGUUGUGUACAUGCUGUAUCUGUCCCAGUGUUCCAGCAGGGUUGUGUACAUGCUGUAUCUGUCCCAGUGUUCCAGCAGGGUUGUGUACAUGCUGUAUCUGUCCCAGUGUUCCAGCAGGGUUGUGUACAUGCUGUAUCUGUCCCAGUGUUCCAGCAGGGUUGUGUAGGCCUAUAUGCUGUAUCUGUCCCAGUGUUCCAGCAGGGUUGUGUACAUGCUGUAUCUGUCCAAGUGUUCCAGCAGGGUUGUGUACAUGCUGUAUCUGUCCCAGUGUUCCAGCAGGGUUGUGUACAUGCUGUAUCUGUCCCAGAGUGAGAGCAUAUGCCAGAUAGAGCUGAUACUGGCCACAGCUUCAAUCAGUGGCAAAGCCUGUCUGUCUCCCCGGGCAUGUCUCCUUUACUGGAUGGAACAUGACAGGAGACUAGGCGGUUUACUGCUCUCACUGGGGACAGGACCUCAACCACACUUCUCACAGUGACUCUCACAGUCAGACAGCCAGACAGUCAGACAGACAGACAGACAGACAGACAGAUAAACAGACAGUAAUGAGCUGGGAUUGAUUAGUGUAAGCGCUUUUCACUUGUAAUUUUCACUCAGUCAGUGGAGAGGUUGACACUUUAUUUUGCAGAGUGGCAAAUUGCACAUGUAUUUUUAAGAGGUAGAUGACUGUCAGUUACAGAGCUAGUGACUUAUAGAACGCACUUCUCCAUCCCUGCUUCCAGCAUAUGCAGCAUAAACAAACAUAAUUUAGAAAGGCUAGCUUGAACCCAGACUCUCACUCCCUUAUUUGAUUGAUGUCCUGAUUUGUUUUCUUAGCCAUCUCUGGCAGGAUUAUGAAAGUGUUGUGUGCUGAGGAAGGCUUUCUGCUUCUAAACAACCGGGUUGCACUGCUUCAACGCAAGGCUGAUUUACAUCCAUCUAAUCAGUCAGGAAAGAGCUAACUCAGUGUUUGAAUGGUCUUAGUUACCGGCGACGAUCCAAAACUCCCUAAAAUGGGUUUAACAGACGUGCUCUACUCAACAGGACAAAUCCUGUGAGGAUUCUGAAGGAAUUCGCAGCCUCCUGUGGGUAUAUUUGGUUGAAAUACAAUACCAUUCUAUCAACCAGUAAAAAAAAACCUCACUGCUACUACUGUAUAAACCUUCUCUAGAUGCCCUUCUCGGAUUACAGUUUGAGUGCUUGGUUCUCUCGCCAGUAACCCUCUCUUUCAACCGAGAUUAGGUAAGUUUACAGUAGGUUUAGCAGACACAGGAUUCAAACUCUAAAGCAGUUACUUAGACCAUGAUUGAUAGUUGUUAGGAAUCAUGCAAAUAUGAAUGUCUAUAAAGAUGAUAAAUGAGUGUUGACAUACCCUAACAGCUUGACUCUGCUUUUCACCAUUCAACAUCAACGUUUCAAGGGUUUAAUUCAUUAUCGAAAAACAUUGUCUUGUGUUUGGAAAAUAUAAUAACAGUCUUAUGCCUAUCAUACCAAACAAUACUCAAACAAAGGCAUAUGGAUUUCAUGGAAGCUUAACUCAAUGAACAAAAGGAAAACCAUACAGAUGUAGGAUCUUAAUUUGAUCACCCUGUUGCAGGACAUUUAAAACUUGUAGUGUAUUUUAGGUUUAAAAAGGCUUGAUUUUCCCUGUAUCAAAAAUUUCCAUUAAUUGUAAUCCACAUAAUUAUUCACAUUUCCUGUUGCUGCAGGAUUAUUUUCCUGCUCUAGUAAACUGGCUCAAAUUAAGAUCCUACAUCUGUACAGUAUAUAGUCCAAAUGGAUAGAGAACCCCCAAGACGUAUGUAUGAAGAGACUAAUACGCUUUAGACGAUGGUGAGCAUGAGGUCCGAGAGAGAGAGAGAGAGGACAUGAUCAUACUUGGACGGUAGAAGGUCUGGCAUAGGGAGGUGCCGUGUAAUCUGUCCCAGUGACUGACCGGAGGUCAAGGGAAACCUGUAACGUGGACGUCACGUCAGUGAGCUUAGAGGGAAUGCCAUCUUUAACUGUGCUGCUUGCUGCACACCACAUUUUUACCAAGAUAGGGAAACCUUGACCAAGGGUUUACCUUUUGGUCAUUCUAGCUUCUUGGCAUCUCUUUUCUGCAGGUUAAACUAUCAGAUUUUUAUUGGUCACAAAAUGAUUUGUUGUAUUGCUCUGUUUGAAUCGCUCAGUCAUAGUUUCUAACUCAGAGGUCUCCCAGCUAGUACAUAUGGUUCCUUGGAAGUUGUGGGAACAUACUUUUUUGGUUUCUCAUUGGAUCUGGGAACGAAGCCAUACCUUUCCUGACCAGUAAAACUGAAAGUGUUGGGGUUUUUUUUUUGGGGGGGGGGGGGGGGGGGGGGGGGGGUUGCAGGGAGGUUCUGAGAACGUUUUACUCUGGUUCCUUGAAAGUUUUCCUGAGAAGUUUUAUAACCUAAAAAACCAAUUUAGUGAAUGUUUCAAUAAGACUGUUAAUGCAGUGGGAUAAAUCAGGGUCACACCAGGUUUUUCUUGGUAGUAUUAAACAAAUCUACUUUGAAACAAAAGGAUACACCCUCACACACAUGAUUAUGGGCUUAAAAAAAGAAGACACCUGUACCAUGUCAGAUAUAGAAUUGAAAUGUAUUACAUUUUGAGUUUAAUAUUACACUUUAUAUACAUCACAGAAGUAUGAAAUAUAACUAAACUGUUUGAUGUAGAAACACCUGAUUUUCUGCAUAAAAAAAAAAAAAAAGUGUAUUAAUUAUGAAAUUAUUAAGAAUAUUAAUACCAUUCCACCCAUGAGAUCAUUUGACUGCAGGAAAGGGCUACUAACACUGCUAGCUUAUUUGGGGUUAACUUUUUUGAACUCCAAGCACAGAUAGGACACAUGGAAAUUAAUUUCCUUAGGCAUUAAUCAUGCAAACAUUAAUUUUUUUAUUGUGACACAGCAUCAGUGAGAUUCAAACCUAUAAUCUUCUGUUGUCUAUCUAUGGAAUUAGUCCACUGCACCACCAGGAUGGAGCUAGCAUGCCAUGUUUUUUUACGCAUACAAAGCUGUUCAUUAGGACCAAUUCAAACAGACCCCAUUUCAAAGGAAACAAGCACUCAUUAAGAUCAGCUGUGGCCAAUUAGUGGGCGCGGCCAACACACUUAACAAGACACUUAAAAACACACUUAACAAGAUAGAGGAUAUAGAGAGUUUUGUUGAUGCUGAGAACAGAAUAUAUAUGUUUUUAAAUAACAUUCUAAGAACGUUCUCUGAACGUUACUAAAGUUUUGUUGUGGAUUUUACUGAAGGUUUUCUUAACGUUCUGAGAACAGAAUUUAUGUUUUUAAAUAACAUUCUUACAACGUUGGAAAGUUUUCUUAAUGUUCUCAGAACAAUUUGAGAACCUGACUUUAAAUAAACCAUGAGUGAACCUGUAGGAACCGCUAUGCUGAAGGACUGAAAUUCACACAGAAGAACGUUGUUUCUUCACAUUCUCUAAACUAUUUGAAAACAUCCCCAAUGUCAAACCAGUUGGAGAACGUUCAUAGAACAUGUAAGUCGCUUUGGAUAAAAGCGUCUGCUAAAUGGCAUAUUAUUAUUAUUAUUAUUAUUACCAACAUUGAAAUGAAAUGUAACCAUGUUUGAACUUCUAGGAAACGUUCUGUUAAAGUAAUGAAAUACCAACAAAAUAAAAUAAAAUUGUCAAGUUCCUUAACUGUGCUGAGAAUGUUUCAAAGCCAAGAAACUAUCCUGCACCAUUGCCAGAAAGUUGUGGGAAGGUUGUAUGCAAAAUAACCAUAGGACAACCACGCUCUGACCAAGUGCUAAGAAACAUAUGAUUCUCAGAAUGUUAUGUGCUAACUGGCCUUAAACUGAACUGGAGACUGUCUGAGGCUGUAUAGAGCGCUGUCUGAUGAUGUCAUUUCCUCUUGUGGAGUUCAUAAUUUCUCCAAGUUGCUUUCUUAGGGUAUAUAUUUACCCUCUUGCUGUCCAAAACAGACUCACAGUUUCCAUAAAUUGCUGAGCGUGCUCCACUGUCUGUCUGCUCGCUCUCCCGGAAGAAUCCUGUACAUUUCCAACGAUGUUUGACCACAGUGAAUGAAACCGCAUGUGGUUGCCAAAUCUCUGGGACUGACUCCAUGGCUUGGUACAGUAGCAUGUUGCCUGCUAAGUAAGAAUGUGAAUGAACUCCCCAGAACAGCAGCUAGCCUCUGAAAGCUUGGCAAUAGAGGGAGAGAGUAAAAGGGAGCACUUCUUAUGGCACACCACAAAACUACAUCAUCAGAAGAUGUGGUGAGGUCGAUCUGAGUAAAAAAUAGCAACAUAGUGCAUACAUUGACUCUGUGAAACAUAGUGGUGGAAAGAAUCAUCCUUGGUGUACUCCACAAACACUUUAACCCCAUCACCACAAGUAAAUGAGACAGAUGAAUGGAUGACGGUGCUCUAUAAAUUGUUGGGCAAGCAUUUUCUGCUGAAAACAGCUGAUCUGGUAUUUCCUACUGUGUUUUACCACACCAGAUUCAUCUUACUGAUGAUAUUACAUGCUAUAUGACUAAUAUAUGUAAUUAACAGUUAAUACAUUAAUACAGAUUACUUUUUUAACCAUAAUAAUGUAUCUUAUCCUGAGAACACUUUUAGGACACUGUACAUCCUUAGAACUUACAGUGUUAGCUAUCAGAAUGUGCUGAAAUCGUGUGGUGUGCUCUUAUUAUUUUUUUCUGGUCUACCUCUUUUGGAGGGAGUCAGUGAACACCACAUCAAUGAGAGGAAAUAACACAUCCACAUACACCCUGUGUAUCUGUGCUCUAUUGUCAACCCCAGAUAACCCAAUGAUUUUUAGAGUUUCAAGAUAGAAAGCAGAUGGUCCUAGACGAAAGUAUGUCCUGGACGAAGAAUGUAACAACUCUCAAUCUUUUCUCUCUACAGCUCCACAUCCUUGUUUCCCCCACCAAAGUCAAGCUGAACCUCGACUGCCAAGAAGUGGCGGACAAGGAGAUUAAGGAGGCUGGAAAAACAUCCACGGAUGGCUAUCAAGUUCUAGGCAAAAUGUCCAAGUCCAUCGGCUCCAAAGGGAAAACUGCAACUGUAAGUGAACUGUCAUACAACAUCAAAGCAUAUGGACCUACAGCCCUAGCAGCCUACAAGCAAGUCAGUUAUAGUACCCCUGUGUAUCUGAGUGCUGUUGUGACAGGAGGAAGCCUUGAAGCUUACUGUCUCCAACAUAGUGCACCCCAAGUGGAGUGUGCCUUAGUUAUCCUUAUCUGAUGCUCUGUGGGCUCGCUGUCUGCACGCUCUCCUUGUUUUCUUACUUGGUAUUUUUGGAUGACGAGGAAGUAUCAAAGACACAUGUAACUAACACUGUUUUCCUUUUUUUCUUGUUCCACAGUUCCAGCUCCAGAUGUUCGAUAUUGUGUGCAACCUGGGCUGGACAAGCAGAGACAGAUGCUGUGACCUUCCAUCUAUGGUGAGUAAGAGCAGCCUCAGUGGACCUCCGCUGAAGUUUUCCCUAGGUACAGAUCUAGGAUCAGCUUCCUCUCCGCCAAUCCUAACCGUAGGCCCAUUAGUGAGGGAAAUGCAAAAUGUAUCCCAGAUCAGCGUCUAGGGACAACUUCACCCUACAUCUGGAUCUCCCUGGAGUGGAGAGGCGGGCGGUACAACUUAACAGACGCAAAACAAGCAUGAAUAUGCGUGUGCACGUGCGUAUUAGACACAUGCUUCUAAUGCUUGUUGCUUGUCUCAUCUUUUAACAUGGCUGUUAACAAAUGCAUAUCCAUCCCACAUCUCUUUAGGACAUGCUUACAUCAUCCUGAACACAUGAAGAAGAAAUCUGAUUUUCCCAACGGUCAAAUAGUGUGCAGACAGGGAGCUCAGUACAUUUCACUCAACCUAUGGAAAAGCGAUAGCAGCAAAGCUUGGCAUGAUUAGCACUUGACUCUACCACCCCUAUGCAGUUGUCCUAUCUAAUAUGUCAAAGACAACACUGAGUGAAAACGUGCCUCAGUGCAAAGUACAUUUCUGGCAGCGGAAAAGGAAAGUUAGUCAUUCAGUCUAUAUAGAACAGGAAAACUUUAAGCCACCUGUUUUUUCUUCUUAAAUUAUUCCAACUCUUGGAAGACUCCCAAUGGAUGUUUGUGAAGCACAUGAAUUAGACUGUGCUAUAAUUAUGGUCUCCUGUCCUGACAGUUAAUAUAGGACAAUGACUGUGUUUAAAUAGCCCAACUGCAGCUUCAAACACCUUUUGUCAAGGAGAGUGUGUCACUGAUUUGCAGUUACCCUUCCCAGCUGCCCCAGAGCGGAGAAGCAACGGUUAUCAACUGUAAAGGCAUCACAACUAUGAACAGCCUUCAACAAUACGCAAAUCAAACAACAAACAAUGCCGAACUGUCAAGACAUUGUCAACAUCAACUCUCGUUACACGUUUUACGUGGUGUUUUUAAUGUACUGUACUGCAGGCUCUGGUGUUUUGACCCUGGGUCCUAUGCCUCAAUGUCCCUGUUCGAUCUGGACUUUCUCACUUUAGUCCAACCAGAGAUAUCCAUGAACACGCCUCUGUUUCAACAAAUAAAAGCAGCUUUUGUUUUAAGAACCCCACGAUCACUGUUGGUUGGACACCCAGAAUGUAAAAAAAAUAUGUAUUUUAUGUCUUGUGGGUAGGACUUUCAACAAUGGGCUUCCUGGAAGCUCAUGAUGUCCAAUGUCCACAGGAUCGUUGCAUGAAAACAGCUGUCUGAUUGAGUUGUUCUAUUGAAAUAUUGCUCUCAACUAGAGAGCAUGUACUUCAUCUCUUGUACUGUCUUCCUUGACAUGUACAAUACUACUGGUACUAAUAACAUAUAAUCAAUCCAAAUAAGCCAUAUUAUCCUGUAACCUCUUGACCCUGCCUCAGUUUACAUUUACAUUACAUUUCUGUCGUUUAGCAGACGUUCUUACCCAGAGAGACUUACAGUCAUGAAGUCUGUAAGUCUGCGUACAUGAGACUGGCUGAGAGGAGUACCUGCAGCUUAAUCAGCAUCUCUGCAGACUCACAGAGGACUGGGUCUGUGCUUUAGGCCAACUCCUUCCAGUUAUCUCAGCUCACAGCCGUACUGUGCCUGUCUGUUUCCUUUCCCUAUCAGAGAGAGGAGUCCAAGUGCCCGUCCCUCCCCAAAGCCUGCACAUGCACCUCAGAGAGCACAGGACCCCAGGGACCACAGGGGGCAGUGGUAAGACACAUCCUCUACAUCUGCAUCUCAAACGGCACCCUAUUACCUAGGCUCUGAUAGAAAAUAGUGCACUAUGUAGCGAACAGGGUGCCAUUUUGGAUGCACACUCCUUCCCUAUCUCUGCUGCAGGCCAGGGGGUUCUAGUGAUCUCCUUGAUCUGCCGAUCGAAAAUGAUAUUUUUGACACAUUCUUAUUUAUGACUGUACAUAUCACUCUGAAACACAUUAAUUAUGCAGCACCGACUGUACAAUGUACAAUAAAAAUUGGCCUUUAUUUGUUUUUAAAAGGGCAAACCAGAAGGAAACUACAGUAGUCUGCAUAUUAUACCUAUGGAGCCCCCAGGGAGGGAGCAUCCAUCCUGACAGCAUCCUGACAGAUGUCGCUCUGGGUCUGGAUUUCUGGACACUCCUCUCUCUCACUGUGUUGACUUGACAAAUGCUUUUCCUUCCCCAGGGCGCACCCGGUAGCAAAGGUCCCCGGGGUGAAAGAGGGGAGACUGGCCCGGCUGUAAGUACCUCACUAACCUCACCUCUCAGAUUCCCUCUUUAGGGCUGCAGGGUUACCUUUUAAAGUCAUAACCGACGGCAGUCAUAAAGUGGUCAAGGUGUUUGACACAGUUUGGAGAAUGUGGAAUAUUCUGUCCUUUAAAUAUUUUUCUGCUCUUGAUGAAAACUGAGAACUGUUUACAAUUUCAUGGCUUUGAUGUGGAAGAAACACAUCUGAAUUCACUUAUUGGGAAUGUCUUCUCGAAAUUGAGUGAGGCUCGGUUUGACAGUGCAGGCAUUCCACGGUUUCUGGUGCCUUCUUCCACAGAUUGCAACAGUAGCAUUUGACUGCGCUACUACUCUCAGUCUGGAGAUAUCAAUAGCAACAUUCUUUCCAGGUCUAAUUCAUUCUUACCUCUUGUCUUUGUUUCUCUGAUAGGGUCCAAUUGGACCGCGUGGAGAUACAGGAUUGCCAGGACCUAUGGGUCUGCCCGGGCCUCAAGGACCUAGCGGGCUGUCUAUUCCAGGAGAAGCCGUGAGUCUCUCUCUCCCACUAAACACACCACACUCACACACUCCUACACACACUCCCCUCUCCCCAGUCACUGCUGCACAUAGCUCGUUUACAACAGUUAAACGUAAAUCCCACGAUGACUCCACACACCAAAUAGGGAUCAUUUCGGCCAUUUAUUAUGUAAGGAAUUUACAAGCUGCGGAGUAAUUGUGGCCAGGGCCUGUUGAGCCUGCAUUCCUUCAUGUCUGGGGCUAAACGUGAUAUCUGAGGCCUUUAAACCAGCCUAAUCUCAAUGCAGCUACAUAAAUCACCACUGGGAUUUCCUUCUCUGAAACGCACCCAAACUCAAGAGAAAUGUCUCAUUAACAAUGGCCUGUUUGGACAUCACCAAUAUACUUCCACACAUCCCGCACACAACUCUCAUCAUAGUGUGUUUAUCUUGGGUUACACAAAGACAGAUUGGCAGAUAUUUUUAUUAUAACUGUCACCCAGGUUAGCAUGUGUUGAAUUAAGAGGCACUAUUAUGUUAUCCACUGAGUGUGAAUGGGUUUCUCCCUCCGCUGUUUCAGGGCCGCCAAGGACCGAAAGGCGAAGCUGGUGAUUCUGGGCUACCUGGACAGAAAGUGAGUGCGGCUUUGGCUUGUGGCCCCAGCUGUGUUUUAGAACAGGAAACCAGAGAUAAUUCACGGGGUACAGAUAUGCUACUACUCUGGCCUCUCUCCACGUGGCAAGCCACAGACAAUAUUUCAUAUGAGGAGGACUCACAAAGAGGCAGUAACUAACAACAGGUUGAGAUUCCCGAAUUUGGAUUUAAUCUCUCUUAAGUGAGUGGAAAACCAAUCACCCUGGUAUACAAUUCCUCUUAACCAGAGGCUUCUAGUUAGGCCGUCCACAUUUGGCCUUCCUCCUUGUGUCGGUUGUUGUACUAUGGUGCAUAAAAAGCUGAUGAGGUGAUAAAAAAAUGUAAGAAUAAAAAAUCUGGUUUCAUGGAGGCUAUAUUUUAUAACGUACCAACCAUCUAUGAUAGAUGGCAUAGCUACACAGAACAUCAUGGGAAAUGACCAUCUGCUCACAUAACGAAGCUGGCUCUUCUAUUUAAUCAAUAUUGACAACAUUCAAUGAUUUCCAGGCUUAGCUUGUGACUUUCUACACAACAACAAUGCACUUCCAUGUGUCCUCAGAUGUCUGCAUUUUAGAGAUCCUCCGAGAUGGUCUCCAUUAGACCGACAACGCCACUAACAAAUAGCCCCUCCAUUCCUCAUAUAUAAAAUGGCGUCUUUGUAUUUCUAGAAAUAGCCCACUUCUUUUAUUUAUAGAUUAAAAAAAGAGAAGAGAAGCGUGUCUAAAAGAUGUCUACUAGAAAACUCAGAGUAUUUCAAUGCCGAGUCAAUUCUGAUUUAGGAACCAAGCCCCCACCCUCCCCGUAUAAAAUAAACUAAACCUCAGUUCGGAAUUAAUGCAGCUGUGUUCAUGCCGCAAGACCAUGGAGAAUGAAUUACCCAGUGUAAGAUAAUGAUUGAUUCCAAGAUAAAAGCCUUGGUGAACCCAUCCCCAAAUUGAUUGUGGGUAGUGUUUGCAGGUGACUAUGCUAGAACAGAUGCUGUAGCAACAUGCAUUUAAUGACUUGCAGAGUACGCAGCCCUGUUUUAUAAUGGCCAAUAAAAUGGAUCUGGAAUAUAUUAUGUUCCCUGUAAAUCUUAUGCCAAAGCAUCAAAGGCGAGAGAGGAUUGACAAUAAAAAAGUGAGCAGGGUUUCAGAGCAAACGUGAAAUAAAAUGGAGAUUUACUGUCUGACACACGGAAAACUGGUGGUGAAACAAACUGGUUUGAGUUGGUUGCUCAAAGGUAGGUGACCUGUGUUAACGUGGGCUGUGAGAAAAAACAGUCCAGCUCUGAAGUGGGCUGUGUUUCUGUAUUUUUUCCCCAGGGUCCACCUGGGGUAGCUGGGACCAUCGGCCCAAUUGGACCUGCUGGACCUAGGGUGAGUCAAUAGGCCAUUGUCUAAUGAUCACACAAUGUCUAGGCCUAAUGUACUUCAUCCUGUCAUCUCAAUAACUUGUUUAACUCUAUUGUUUGUGUGUUGCAAAUGCAGGGUCCCCAAGGAAAGGAGGGACAGGCCGGAUCCAGAGGCCCAACAGGACCAAUGGUAUGUUCAGACAAAAUAUUCAGAGAGAGAAAUAAAUAUAUUUACUGUGUACCAAUUUCACUAUCAAGCUCAUACUCUCCUAAACCAUAGUAAAGACAGACCAUAAAUCUCUUGAAUGUAAUCUGAUUGGUUGUUUUGUUUGUGUCGCUGUAUCUGAUUGGUUCCUUUGUUUGUGUCACUGUAUCUGAUCAAAUCAAAUUUUAUUUGUCACAUGCGCCGAAUACAACAGGUGUAGACCUUACAGUGAAAUGCUUACUUACAAGCCCUUAACCAACAAUGCAAUUUUAAGAAAGAAUACCAAAAAACAAAACAAAAAAACAUUAAAUAAAACAAUAAUAAGAAAUAAAAGUAACAAAUAAUUAAAGAGCAGCGGUAAAAUAACAAUAGUAUUUACCACACUUGGCAUUUUUCCUAUUUUGUUGCCUUAUAACCUGGAAUUAAAAUGGAUUUUUUUGGGGUUUGUAUCUUUUGAUUUACACAACAUGCCUACCACUUUGAAGAUGCAAAAUAUUUUUCUUGUGAAACAAACAAGAAAUAAGACAAAAAAACAGAAAACUUGAGCGUGCAUAACUAUUCACCCCCCCCCCCCCCCCCCCCCCACCUUGCCACCUUUUGCAGCAAUUACAGCUGCAAGUCUCUUGGGGUAUGUCUCUAUAAGCUUGGCACAUCUGGCCACUGGGAUCUUUGCCCAUUCUUCAAGGCAAAACUGCUCCAGCUCCUUCAAGUUGGAUGGGUUCCGCUGGUGUACCACCAUGCUUCACUGUGGGGAUGGUGUUCUCGGGGUGAUGAGAGGUGUUGGGUUUGCGCCAGACAUAGCGUUUUCCUUGAUGGCCAAAAAGCUCAAUUUUAGUCUCAUCUGACCAGAGUACCUUCUUCCAUAUGUUUGGGGAUUCUCCCACAUGCCUUUUGGAGAACACCAAACGUGUUUGCUUAUUUUUGUCUUAAAGCAAUGGCUUUUUUUCUGGCCACUCUUCUGUAAAGCCCAGCUCUGUGGAGUGUACGGCUUAAAGUGGUCCUAUGGACAGAUAUUCUAAUCUCCGCUGUGGAGCUUUGCAGCUCCUUCAGGGUUAUCUUUGGUCUCUUUUUUGCCUCUCUGAUUAAUGCCCUCCUUGCAUGGUCUGUGAGUUUGGUGGGUGGCCCUCUCUUGGCAGGUUUGUUGUGGUGCCAUAUUCUUUAAAUUUUUUAAUAAUGGAUUUAAUGGUGCUCCGUGGGAUGUUUAAUGUUUCGGAUAUUCUUUUAUAACCCAACCCUGAUCUGUACUUCUCCACAACUUUGUCCCUGACCUGUUUGGAGAGCUCCUUGGUCUCCGUGGUGCCGCUUGCUUGGUGGUGCCCCUUGCUUAGUGGUGUUGCAGACUCUGGGGCCUUUCAGAACAGGUGUAUAUAUACUGAGAUCAUGUGGCAGAUCAUGUGACAUUUUUUCAUUUCACUUCACCAAUUUGGACUAUUUUGUGUAUGUCCAUUACAUGUAUAGAAGCUGUUUAGUCUGGGUAGCCAUUUGAUUAGAUGUUCAGGAGUCUUAUGGCUUGGGGCUAGAAGUUGUUUAGAAGCCUCUUGGACCUAGACUUGGCGCUCCGGUACCGCUUGUCGUGUGGUAGCAGAGAGAACAGUCUAUGACUAGGGUGUCUGGAGUCUUUGACAAUUUUUAGGGCCUUCCUCUGACACCGCCUGGUAUAGAGGUCCAGGAUGGCAAAAGGUUGGCCCCAGUGAUGUACUGGGCCGUACGCACUACCCUGUGUAGUGCCUUGCCGUAGGUGGCCGAGCAGUUGCCAUACCAGGCGGUGAUGCAACCAGUCAGGAGGCUCUCGAUUGAUUCCUUUGUUUGUGUCACUGUAUCUGAUUGGUUACUUUGUUUGUGUCGCUGUAUCUGAUUGGUUCCUUUGUUUGUGUCACUGUAUCUGAUUGGUUUCCUUUGUUUGUGUUUUCUGUAUUGACUGAUUGAUUGAUUUUAUUUGCCAAUAAAAAAAAAGACAUACACACAGUAACCCAGUACAUUGACAGGGAUAACACAAUAAAGUACAUUUCCAUUGUGGUCUCUUAAAGUGCAUGGUGCAAUACAUGUUUCUGAUUGGUUAUUUUGUGCUUGUCACUAUUCAGGGACCUCCCGGAUCUCCUGGAAUGCCUGGGGCUUCAGGAAAACCAGGAAAGUCUGGUGACAAAGGUGUUUCGGUAAGCAUAUAUCUCACCAAAUUUCAUAAUACAGUUCUCUAUUUCAUGCAAACCACGGAAAGGCGAAGUUGUUGCAUCAUACAGUGAGAUGUACGGGCCUUGUAUUCUUCUGUUAAUUCAGGGAGCCAAUGGUAUGAAAGGGGACAGAGGAGAGAGAGUGAGUAACAUCACCUAGGGUCUAUCUUCAAGUUUUUAACCUCAGUUAAUCUCAGUAAAUCAUGUAUAUUCAUCACCAAGCCUACCUCUCUGUUUGUUUCUAGGGCGACUUUGCUCCUCAGAACAUGAUGCGAUCCAUUGCCAGACAAGUGUGUGAGCAGAUAGUUAACGGUGAGUGGGCCUUUUUUAGCACUACAUUCAGAAUUAGUUCUGCCAUUACAGUGAAAUCAAAGUCCUAACAGAGUCUGCAUUUCAUUAAAUGUCUGUUACCUUUUCAAUGUCUACUUUUAGGACAAAUGAGUAGAGUAAAUUCGAUGCUGAACCAGAUUCCCAGCGGUUACCGUAGCAGCAACAACCCAGGUCCCUCCGGACCCCCAGGGCCCAGCGGUAACCAGGGUCCCCGUGGAGAGCCCGGACAGACAGGCAGGAAUGGAUUCCCAGGAAGUCCUGGACAACCUGGCCCGCAAGGAGAGAGAGGUACGUCAUCCCGCAUUUCCAUGACUGCCAAGAGCCCAAGAAUUCCCCUAUGUUGACUAAUAAAGCUGUUUGUCAAUAGGUCUAUAUUUUGGCUAAUAAAGCUGUUUGUUAAUAGGUCUAUAUGUUGACUAAUAAAGUUGUUUGUCAAUAGGUCUUUAUGUUGACUAAUAAAGCUGUUUGUCAAUAGGUAUAUAUGUUGACUAAUACAGUUGUUUGUCAAUAGGUCUUUAUGUUGACUAAUAAAGUUGUUUGUCAAUAGGUCUUUAUGUUGACUAAUAAAGCUGUUUGUCAAUAGGUCUAUAUGUUGACUAAUACAGUUGUUUGUCAAUAGGUCUUUAUGUUGACUAAUAAAGCUGUUUGUCAAUAGAUCAAGCUCAGGAGUGUCAAACUAAAUUCCUGGAGGGCUGUGUGUCUGCGGGUUCUCUCUCCUCCCCUGUAGUUAGGAACUCCUCUCACCUGGUUGUCUAGGUCUUAAGUGGACACACAUUGAAAGGAAAUAACAAAGGAAAUAGCAAAACCAGCAGACACACAGCCCUCCACCGCUGACCUAGCUGUUCAAUAUCAGUAGGCCUAACUAGAGUGCCUUGCUGUGUGGAAUCAGAAGAGAAUCAAUCAUAUUGUCACAGUUGGAACAAAGACUGGACAUUUUUCCAUAGACAAGCCAUUCUGUCUUACUACUGUCUUAGCAAUGGCAUGAAGCCUUCAUGGACUUGUCCAAGGUCUCAUCUUCACAACAUAUUCCAUACGUCUCAGUGGUUCUGUCUGUAUUUCUGUGUGUCUUUCCGUAGGCCUGUCUUAGACUGUUUUCAGUGGCUUGGGAAAUGUCUAUCUUUUUUUCCCCCUGCAAGCUUCAUUAAUAUUUCACUUCCUGUGCAGUCAUAAUGUUUGCAUUAGGCUUUUCUCUUUGAGUGUGUCCCAGUCUUUGUCUGCUGUCAGUGAUUCUGGUUGUUUGUUUCUCAGGCCCUUCAGGAGAGAAAGGUGAUCAGGGAACACCAGGAGUGGGACAGAGAGGACAAAGAGGACCACCUGGUUAGUUUCACACAACAUUUCCGCUCCAGAUCCACAACAAUCCAUUCCUCCUUUGUCCUGGAUCGCAUCAUAUCCGAGUCUUAAUAGCAAUACCCACCCCCUUUCAUGAGGGUGCUCAUUCAGUAAACUUAAUCCCUCCACGUGAUUCUCAUGGCGUCAUAUUAUUUUGUUUGAAUCUGGGGAAAUCAAUUGUUACUUUACUUUAGCUACAGUAAUGGGAGUAAUUUCUCACCACAUCUCUCAUUGUAAGCUUGGGUGUGUCACUGUGAAUUGAACCAUUCCUCCCAGUUAAAAUCUGCCUUGCAGUAACUACAGGCUACAGCUCAGCUCAGAGGUGUUGCCUGUAGCUGUGCUAGGCCAGCUGUGCUUAAUAAAUUAUCAACGCUGCUGUCCGGCGUUUUCCCAGUUAAACACUGCCUUCUAGGGGAUUUACGUUGCCUUUGUGUGUGAGGCGCUCGUAUGCACAGAUGUUGAAAUAAAUGCUCCAUUCACACUGGGGUAAACAUUAAUUGCUGCACCUGAAGAUAGGACACAUCUGAACUCUAUGACACCUCAUGGUUCGAAAAGUGCCAGUUCAGAGUGAAAGCAAAGGAGAGCAGUUACAGUUGCAAAUGUGAAAACCAAAAGAGUGAGAGAGGUUUAUGUGUGUGACUUAUCUGUACCAAACAGAUAAGCGACAUCAAACUUUCUGGAUAUAGUCACCAGAUAUUUCAGAAUGAGCUCUCCUUAGACACUCUCCAUCCGUUCUAAUGGCUUGAGCAGUACCACGGUCAUUACAAGCUGUUACUGAUAUGCCCAGUGUGCUGACCGAGAUCAUAGAUUGUGUACUGAAACCAAAGAUUCCCUUUGGUUUAACCCUGUAAUGCAGAAUCAUUAGACUCUAGCCAAACUGCCUAUCAGGACAUCCAACAAUAACAUGAGCUCAUCCUGCCAGGGGCUGUAGAGUAGCAAUACAGCUGUAGCUAAUACAGCCAUCCAGCCAUCCACUUCCACUGUAAUGCAGCAUGUUUAACUAUAAUGCACUGGGCUUCCAGAAGCCUGGUCUACAACAAGGGGAGCUUGGGGAAAAAACAUGCAAUUUACUUAGGUCUACAAGGUCAAGACUUGUGGAAAAUGGUCUUAAAUCGGGGAAAAGGAAUUGCCCAGAUUACUGGGGAAGCUAGCUGAUGGUGAGUGGUUGUUCAGGGGCUAAUCAGAUGGAUGUGCUGAGGUCUUCUUCUUGUGGCCUCAUUCACAACACAUGCUUAAAGGACUUAGAGGAGCAUGGAUGAAAGACUCUGAGAGAGUUAGGGGGAAAAUUCCAAGCUUUCAUAAACGUCUAGACGAAACAGAGGAGGGAAAAAGGUUCAACGAAGGAAUCCAGGUUUUUCCUUCAGCUUCAGUUUUUCCUUUUUUUUAUUGAAUGUUCCAAGCUGUUGUGGCAGAAACAGUUACUACUCUUAUAGUUCCCACUGAUGUCACAGGGUGAUGACACUCAGAUGCGUUCUGAUUGGUUGGUUGUGAUUUUUUUCUCUCUCAGGCCCAGCAGGCGAGACACGGACCGGCCCUCCAGGCCCUGCAGGCUCCACCGGGCCCCGCGGUCCUCCUGGGCGCCAAGGUUUUGCAGGUAUUAGGGGCCAACCUGGCACUCCUGGCUACUGUGACUCCUCCCAGUGUGUCGGCAUUCCUUACAAUGGACAAGGAUACCGAGGUAUGUAACUGGAAAGGUAGAUGGACAUGACCUCUUCAAUGACUGCAUGAGGCCGAAGCAUGAAACAUGAGUUAAAAGCAUGAGUAGUUACUACAUAGUUACUACAUAGUUACAACAUAGUUGCUACAUAGUUAUUACAUAGUUGCUACAUAACAUAAGUACAGUAUAGACUGAUGACAAAAUUGAUAUAUUCCAGAAACGACUAUAUAUAAAUUGUGAUAAUUGAUUUGUUAACAUUAGGAGAGAAAGUAAAUAUUCCCAUACCAACUGAAGACUAACACCCUGUUUGACCUUAUUUCAGGUUCACCAUAGUAAACUUUCUAAAUCGCCUGUGCUGCUUUCACUUUGAAUUCCUCUUACUGAGAUACUUGCUCACGUGCUCUAGAGCUCUAGAGCUGUUUGAGGAUAACCACCAAAGGAUAAUAUUAACAAACUAUGUUGAGAAAGACAAGAAGAAGGAGGACUGGUACUAACAACAUUGUAGAGCAACUAGAACAAACAAGCAUCGGUGAUGGUAACAACGUAGUGGUCUGUUUGCAUCUUGAAGCCAAAGAACGAACAGAGAAAGACCUUCUAUCGGGUGGAGGACCAUAUACAAAUAAACAAACAAAAACAAACAGAAACACUAACCAGGUUGGAUUUUGUAGCAGAGAGAAACAACAACUUCAGCAACAUUAAUAUUGUUACUCUUGAGGUGUUAUCUGUAAAUAAACUAAUGGUGCCUCGUAAAUGAUGUUUGAAACACAUCCACUAAAUUUAGUUUUAACAUCUGUAGUUACACUUUUGCCUUGUAACCUGCUGCUUGCUGAAUGCCAACAUGAAUGCCUCUUUUUCUACCACGUCCCCACAAGUGAUGUUUCUUUAGCCUACACACACACAGACUGCUCAGGGCCAUAUCGUACCAUGUCCCCCUGAGGGUAGUCUUUCUCUUUAUGUACACAGUAGGAGCAUUCUAAGAAUCGUCAUUCAUACAUUUUUCUGUUUCCCAUUUCUUUAUUUUGAUGUAGUAUUAAUGGAUAUUCUACCACUACCAGCUGGUUACCUCUGUUAUGUUCUGAGGAAUAACAUCACACAACGUAUGAAUAGGCUGGUGCUAGAGUUACUAGAUUUUUAAUAUUUUGUGCGAUAUUUUGUAAAUGAAUGAGUUGCAGCAAAUGGCAAUGAUGAUUCUGUUAAAUGAUUUAACCCACCUACCACCACUCAAACUGUACUAACAUUGAAAUGCUAACAUCACACAGAUUUAGAAGAUGCACUAAAUUGUUUACAUUUUACAUUUUACAUUUACAAACCCUUUCUAUCAGUGCCCUUGAAAAUCACAACCUAUCUGUAUAUGGCCAUGUCCACUCAAUUGUGUCAUUUCACCAGUAUACUGCAUGUCCAAGCCUGAAAAUAAAAUAUAACACAACAAUUCAUUUUGUGCAUGUUGAGACAUACUCUUCAAAUUAAACUAAUGUUCAAUCGGCAUAAAACACUAUUUCCAACCAGAGCCAUAUUCACCUGAGCCUGAAACCUACGUAGUCCCAAUACCUGAAGAAGAAGAUGACUCACAAAAUGAGCGUUGAAAGAGGUCACUAUCAAGAAAGGAAUCCAAAAGGA